AUGUACUUGGAGAUGUUUCCCCUCUUUCAACAGCUGUUGCCUUUUGUUGGCUUUCAUUCUUCAUGCCUGUUGCCUUCUGUUGGCUUUCAUUCUUCACGCUUGUUGUCUUCUGUCGGCUUUCAUUCUUCAGGGCUGUUGUCUUCUGUUGGCUUUCAUUCUUCACGCUUGUUGUCUUCUGUCGGCUUUCAUUCUUCAGGGCUGUUGUCUUCUGUUGGCUUUCAUUCUUCACGCUUGUUGUCUUCUGUCGGCUUUCAUUCUUCAGUUGUCUUCUGUUUUCAUUCUUCAGGGCUGUUGGCUUUCAUUCUUCAGGGCUGUUGUCUUCUGUUGGCUUUCAUUCUUCACGCUUGUUGUCUUCUGUCGGCUUUUCAUUUUUCAGGGAUGUUGUCUUCUGUCGGCUUUCAUUUUUCAGGGCUGUCUUUGUCAGCUUUCAUUCUUCACGCUUGUUGUCUUUUUCAUUCAUUCUUCACUGUUGGCUUUCAUUCUUCCACGCUUGUUGUCUUCUGUCGGCUUUCAUUCUUUGUCUUCUGUCGGCUUUCAUUCUUCAGGCUUGUUGUCUUCUGUCUGGCUUUCAUUCUUCUUCUAGGCUGUUGUCUUUUCUUUCUUCACUGUUGUCUUCUGUUGGCUUUCAUUCUUCACGCUUGUUGUCUUCUGUCGGCUUUCAUUCUUCAGGGCUGUUGUCUUCUGUUGGCUUUCAUUCUUCACGCUUGUCUUUGCUUUCAUUCUUGGGCUGUUGUCUUCUGUUGGCUUUCAUUCUUCAGGGCUGUUGUCUUCUGUUGGCUUUCAUUCUUCACGCAUGUUGUCUUCUGUCGGCUUUCAUUCUUCAGGGCUGUUGUCUUCUGUUGGCUUUCAUUCUUCACGCUUGUUUGUUGUCUUCUGUCGGCUUUCAUUCUUCAGGGCUGUUGUCUUCUGUUGGCUUUCAUUCUUCGCUUGUUGUCUUUGUUGCUUUCAUUCUUUGUCGUCUUCUGUCUUUCAUUCUUCUGGGCUGUUGUCUUCUGUUGGCUUUUUCAUUCUUUCAGGGCUGUUGUCUUCUGUUGGCUUUCAUUCUUCGGCUUUCAUUCUUCACGCUUGUUGUCUUCUGUCGGCUUUCAUUCUUCAGGGCUGUUGUCUUCUGUUGGCUUUCAUUCUUCACGCUUGUUGUCUUCUGUCGGCUUUCAUUCUUCAGCUUGUUGGCAUUCUUGCUGUUUGUCUUCUGUUGGCUUUCAUUCUUCACUUUGUUGUCUUCUGUGCUUGUCAUUCUUCAGGGCUGUUGUCUUCUGUUGGCUUUUUACGCUUGUUGUCUUCUGUCGGCUUUCAUUCUUCUGUUGUCUUCUGUUGCUUUCAUUCUUCACGCUUGUUGUAUUUGGCUUUCAUUCUUCAGGGCUGUUGUCUUCUGUUGGCUUUCAUUCUUCUGUUGUCUUUGUUGUUGUCUUCUGUUGGCUUUCAUUCUUCACGCUUGUUGUCGGCUUUCAUUCUUCAGGGCUGUUGUCUUCUGUUGGCUUUCAUUCUUCAGGGCUGUUGUCUUCUGUUGGCUUUCAUUCUUCAGGGCUUGUUGUCUUCUGUCGGCUUUCAUUCUUCUGUUGUCUUCUGUCUGCUUUCAUUCUUCAGGGCUGUUGUCUUCUGUUGGCUUUCAUUCUUUCACACUUGUUGUCUUCUGUCGCUUUCAUUCUUCAUUCUUCAGGGCUGUUGUCAUUCUUAUUUGUUGUCUUCUUUCAUUCUUCACGCUUGUUGUCUUCUGUCGGCUUUCAUUCUUCUGGGCUUGUUGUCUUCUGUUGGCUUUUCAUUCUUCAGGGCUGUUGUCUUCUUGUUGGCUUUCAUUCUUCAGGCUUGUUGUCUUCUGUUGGCUUUCAUUCUUCAGGGCUGUUGUCUUCUGUUGGCUUUCAUUCUUCAGGCUUGUUGUCUUCUGUUUUCUUCUCAGGGCUUCAUUCUUCUUCUUGUUGUGGCUUUCAUUCUUCAGGGCUGUUGUCUUCUGUUGGCUUUCAUUCUUCACGCUUGUUGUCUUUCUGUCGGCUUUCAUUCUUCAGGGCUGUUGUCUUGUUGGCUUUCAUUAUUCACGCUUGUUGUAUUCUGUCGGCUUUCAUUCUUCAGGGCUGUUGUCUUCUGUUGGCUUGUUGUCUUCUGUUGGCUUUUCAUUCUUCAGGGCUGUUGUCUUCUGUUGGCUUUCAUUCUUCAGAUCUGUUGUCUUCUGUUGGCUUUCAUUCUUCACGCUUGUUGUCUUCUGUCGGCUUUCAUUCUUCAGGGCUGUUGUCUUCUGUUGGCUUUCAUUCUUCAGCUCUGUUGUCUUCUGUUGGCUUUCAUUCUUCGGCUGUUGUCUUCUGUUGGCUUUUUUCAUUCUUCAGGGCUGUUGUCUUCUGUUGGCUUUCAUUCUUCAGGGCUUGUUGUCUUCUUCGGCUUUCAUUCUUCAGGGCUUGUUGUCUUCUGUUGGCUUUCAUUCUUCACGCUUGUUGUCUUCUGUCGGCUUUCAUUCUUCAGGGCUGUUGUCUUCUGUUGGCUUUCAUUCUUCAGGGCUGUUGUCUUCUGUUGGCUUUCAUUCUUCAGGCUUGUUGUCUUGUCGGCUUUCAUUCUUCAGGGCUGUUGUCUUCUGUUGGCUUUCAUUCUUCAGGCUUGUUGUCUUCGGCUUUCAUUCUUCAGGGCUGUUGUCUUCUGUUGGCUUUCAUUCUUCACGCUUGUUGUCUUCUGUCGGCUUUCAUUCUUCAGGGCUGUUGUCUUUCUGUUGGCUUUCAUUCUUCAGGGCUGUUGUCUUCUGCCUAUUUGUCUUCUGUUGGCUUUCAUUCUUCAGGGCUGUUGUCUUCUGUCGGCUUUCAUUCUUCAGGGCUGUUGUCUUCUGUUGGCUUUCAUUCUUCAGGGCUGUUGUCUUCUGUUGGCUUUCAUUCUUCACGCUUGUUGUCUUCUGUCGGCUUUCAUUCUUCAGGGCUGUUGUCUUCUGUUGGCUUUCAUUCUUCACGCUUGUUGUCUUCUGUCGGCUUUCAUUCUUCAGGGCUGUUGUCUUCUGUUGGCUUUCAUUCUUCAGGGCUGUUGUCUUCUGUUGGCUUUCAUUCUUCACGCUUGUUGUCUUCUGGGCUUUCAUUCUUCACUGUUGUCUUUGUUGUCUUCUGUCGGCUUUCAUUCUUCAGGGCUGUUGUCUUCUGUUGGCUUUCAUUCUUCACGCUUGUUGUCUUCUGUCGGCUUUCAUUCUUCAGGGCUAUUUGUCUUCUGUUGGCUUUCAUUCUUCAGGCUGUUUCUUCAGGGCUGUUGUCUUCUGUUGGCUUUCAUUCUUCAGGGCUGUUGUCUUCUGAUGGCAUUUUCAUUCUUUCAUUCUUCCUUGUUGUCUUUGUCGGCUUUCAUUCUUCAGGCCUGUUGUCUUCUGUUGGCUUUCAUUCUUCAGGGCUGUUGUCUUCUGUUGGCUUUCAUUCUUCAGGGCUGUUGUCUUCUGUUGGCUUUCAUUCUUCACGCUUGUUGUCUUCUGUCGGCUUUCAUUCUUCAGGGCUGUUGUCUUCUGUUGGCUUUCAUUCUUCACGCUUGUUGUAUUCUGUCGGCUUUCAUUCUUCAGGGCUGUUGUCUUCUGUUGGCUUUCAUUCUUCAGGGCUGUUGUCUUCUGUUGGCUUUUCAUUUUCAGGGCUUGUUGUCUUCUGUUGGCUUUUCAUUCUUCAGGGCUGUUGUCUUCUGUCUUUUUCAUUCUUCAGGGCUGUUGUCUUCUGUUGGCUUUCAUUCUUCAGGGCUUUCAUUCUUUUCAGGGCUUGUCUUCUGUUGGCUUUCAUUCUUCACGCUUGUUGUAUUCUUUUUUUCAUUCUUCACGGCUAUUUGUCUUCUGUUGGCUUUCAUUCUUCUUCGGGGCUGUUGUCUUCUGUUGGCUUUCAUUCUUUCAGGGCUGUUGUCUUCUGUUGGCUUUCAUUCUUCAGGCUUGUUGUCUUCUGUUGGCUUUCAUUCUUCAGGGCUGUUGUCUUCUGUUGGCUUUCAUUCUUCACGCUUGUUGUCUUCUGUUGGCUUUCAUUCUUACUGUUGUCUUUGUUGUCUUCUGUCGGCUUUCAUUCUUCAGGCUUAUGUUGUCUUCUGUUGGCUUUCAUUCUUCACGCUUGUUGUCUUCUGUUGGCUUUCAUUUGUUGUCUUCUGUCAGGGCUGUUGUCUUCUGUUGGCUUUCAUUCUUCAGGGCUGUUGUCUUCUGUUGGCUUUCAUUCUUCACUUGUUGUCUUCUGUCGGCUUUCAUUCUUCAUUCAUUCUUCAGGGUCUGUUGUCUUCUGUUGCUUCAUUCUUUCGCUUGUUGUCUUCUCGGCUUUCAUUCUUCAGGGCUGUUUGUCUUCUGUUGGCUUUUUCAUUCUUCGCUUGUUGUCUUCUGUCGGCUUUCAUUCUUCAGGGCUUGUUGUCUUCUGUUGGCUUUCAUUCUUCAGGUCUGUUGUCUUCUGUCGGCUUUCAUUCUUCAGGGCUUGUUGUCUUCUGUUGGCUUUCAUUCUUCAGGGCUGUUGUCUUCUGUUGGCUUUCAUUCUUCACGCUUGUUGUCUUCUGUCUGGCUUUUCAUUCUUCAGGGCUGUUGUCUUCUGUUGGCUUUCAUUCUUCAGGGGCUUGUUGUCUUCUGUUGGCUUUCAUUCUUCAGGGCUGUUGUCUUCUGUUGCUUUCAUUCUUCACCUUGUUGUCUUGGCUUUCAUUCUUCAGGGCUGUUGUCUUCUGUUGGCUUUCAUUCUUCAGGCUUGUUGUCUUCUGUGGCUUUUCAUUCUUCAGGGCUGUUGUCUUCUGUUGGCUUUUUCAUUCUUCAGGGCUGUUGUCUUCUGUUGGCUUUCAUUCUUCAGGGCUGUUUGUCUUCUGGUGGCUUUCAUUCUUCACGCUUGUUGUCUUCUGUCGGCUUUCAUUCUUCAGGGCUUGUUGGCUUUCAUUCUUCUUUCAUUCUUCAGGGCUUGUCUUCUGUUUCAUUCAUUCUUCAGGCUUGUUGUCUUCUGUUGGCUUUCAUUCUUCAGGGCUGUUGUCUUCUGUUGGCUUUUCAUUCUUCACGCUUGUUGUCUUCUGUCGGCUUUCAUUCUUCAGGGCUGUUGUCUUCUGUUGGCUUUCAUUCUUCAGGGCUGUUGUCUUCUGUCGGCUUUUUCAUUCUUCAGGGCUGUUGUCUUCUGUUGGCUUUCAUUCUUCAGGGCUUGUUGUCUUCUGUUGGCUUUCAUUCUUCACGCUUGUUGUCUUCUGUCGGCUUUUCAUUCUUUCAGGGCUGUUGUCUUCUGUUGGCUUUCAUUCUUCAGGGCUGUUGUCUUCUGUUGGCUUUCAUUCUUCACGCUUGUUGUCUUCUGUCGGCUUUCAUUCUUCAGGGCUGUUGUCUUCUGUUGGCUUUCAUUAUUCACGCUUGUUGUAUUCUGUCGGCUUUCAUUCUUCAGGGCUGUUGUCUUCUGUCGGCUUUCAUUCUUCAGGGCUUUGUUGUCUUCUGUCGGCUUUCAUUCUUCAGGGCUGUUGUCUUCUGUUGGCUUUCAUUCUUCAGGCUUGUUGUCUUCUGUUGGCUUUCAUUCUUCAGGGCUGUUGUCUUCUGUCGGCUUUCAUUCUUCAGGGCUGUUGUCUUCUGUUGGCUUUCAUUCUUCAGGCUUGUUGUCUUCUGGCUUUCAUUCUUCAGGCUGUUGUCUUCUCUUCUUCAGGCUGUUGUGUCGGCUUUUCAUUCUUCAGGGCUGUUGUCUUCUGUUGGCUUUCAUUCUUCGCUUGUUGUCUUCUGUCGGCUUUCAUUCUUCAGGCCUGUUGGCUUCAUUCUGUUGGCUUUUUGGCUUUUCUUCAGGGCUGUUGUCUUCUGUCGGCUUUCAUUCUUCAGGGCAUUCAUUCUUCAGGUGGGCUGUUGUCUUCUGUUGGCUUUCAUUCAUCACGCUUGUUGUCUUCUGUCGGCUUUCAUUCUUCAGGGCUGUUGUCUUCUGUUGGCUUUCAUUCUUCACGCUUGUUGUAUUCUGUCGGCUUUCAUUCUUCAGGGCUGUUGUCUUCUGUUGGCUUUCAUUCUUCAGGGCUGUUGUCUUCUGUUGGCUUUCAUUCUUCAGGGCUGUUGUCUUCUGUUGGCUUUCAUUCUUCACGCUUGUUGUCUUCUGUCGGCUUUCAUUCUUCAGGCCUGUUGUCUUCUGUUGGCUUUCAUUCUUCAGGGCUGUUGUCUUCUGUUGGCUUUCAUUCUUCAGGGCUGUUGUCUUCUGUUGGCUUUCAUUCUUCACGCUUGUUGUCUUCUGUCGGCUUUCAUUCUUCAGGGCUGUUGUCUUCUGUUGGCUUUCAUUCUUCACGCUUGUUGUAUUCUGUCGGCUUUCAUUCUUCAGGGCUGUUGUCUUCUGUUGGCUUUCAUUCUGCAGGGCUGUUGUCUUCUGGCCUUUUUCAUUCUUCAGGGCUGUUGUCUUCUGUUGGCUUUCAUUCUUCAGGGCUGUUGUCUUCUGUUGGCUUUCAUUCUUUCUUGUUGUCUUCUGUUGGCUUUCAUUCUUCAGGGCUGUUGUCUUCUGUUGGCUUUCAUUCUUCAGUUGUCUUCUGUUGCUUUCAUUCUUCUUGUUGUCUUCUGCUUUCAUUCUUCAGGGUCUUCUGUUGGCUUUCAUUCUUCAGGGCUGUUGUCUUCUUGGCUUUCAUUCUUCAGGGCUGUUGUCUUCUGUUGGCAUUUUCAUUCUUCAGGGGCUGUUGUCUUCUGUUGGCUUUCAUUCUUCCAGGUUGUUUCUGUUGGCUUUCAUUCUUCUUGUUGUCUUCUGUGCUUUUCAUUCUUCAGGGCUGUUGUCUUCUGUUGGCUUUCAUUCUUCAGGGCUGUUGUCUUCUGUUGGCUUUCAUUUUUUCAGGCUGUUGUCUUCUGUUGGCUUUUUUCAUUCUUCAGGCUUGUUGUCUUCUGUUGGUUAUUUUCAUUCUUCACGUAUUUGUUGCUUUCAUUCUUCAGGCCUGUUGUCUUCGGCUUUCAUUCUUCAGGGCUGUUGUCUUCUGUUGGCUUUCAUUCUUCAGGGCUGUUGUCUUCUGUUGGCUUUCAUUCUUCAGGGCUGUUGUUUUCUUCUGUUGGCUUUCAUUCUUCACGCUUGUUGUCUUCUGUCGGCUUUCAUUCUUCAGGGCUGGGUCUUCUGUUGGCUUUCAUUCUUCAGGGCUGUUGUCUUCUGUUGGCUUUCAUUCUUCAGGGCUGCUUUGUCUUCUGUUGUCUUCUUUGUUUCAUUCUUCACGCUUGUUGUCUUCUGUCGGCUUUUUCAUUCUUCAGGGCUGUUGUCUUCUGUUGGCUUUCAUUCUUCAGGCUUGUUGUAUUCUGUCGGCUUUCAUUCUUCAGGGCCUGUUGUCUUCUGUCGGCUUUCAUUCUUCAGGGCUGUUGUCUUCUGUUGGCUUUCAUUCUUUGUCUUCUGUUGGCUUUUUCAUUCUUCAGGGCUUGUUGUCUUCUGUUGGCUUUCAUUCUUCAGGCCUGUUGUCUUCUGUUGGCUUUCAUUCUUCACGCUUGUUGUCUUCUGUUGGCUUUCAUUCUUCAGGGCUGUUGUCUUUCUGUUGGCUUUCAUUCUUCACGCUUGUUGUCUUCUGUUGGCUUUCAUUCUUCAGGGCUGUUGUCUUCUGUUGGCUUUCAUUCUUCACGCUUGUUGUAUUCUGUCGGCUUUUCAUUCUUCAGGGCUGUUGUCUUCUGUUGGCUUUCAUUCUUCAGCUUAUUUGUAUUCUGUUGCUUUCAUUCUUCAGGGCUGUUGUCUUCUGUUGGCUUUCAUUCUUCAGGGCUGUUGUCUUCUGUUGGCUUUCAUUCUUCACGCUUGUUGUCUUCUGUCGGCUUUCAUUCUUCAGUGCUGUUGUCUUCUGUUGGCUUUCAUUCUUUGGGCUGUUGUCUUCUGGGCUUUCAUUCUUGGCUGUUGUCUUCUGUUGGCUUUCAUUCUUCAGGGCUGUUGUCUUCUGUUGGCUUUCAUUCUUCACGCUUGUUGUAUUCUGUCGGCUUUCAUUCUUCAGGGCUGUUGUCUUCUGUUGGCUUUCAUUCUUCACGCUUGUUGUCUUCUGUCGGCUUUCAUUCUUCAGGGCUGUUGUCUUCUGUUGGCUUUCAUUCUUCAGGCUUAUUUGUCUUCUGUUGGCUUUUCAUUCUUCAGGGCUGUUGUCUUCUGUUGGCUUUCAUUCUUCAGGGCGUCUUGCUUUCAGUCUUCUGUCGGCUUUUCAUUCUUAAAUUUUCAGUCUUCUGUCUGCAUUCAUUCUUCAGUUCUGUUGUCUUCUGUUGGCUUUCAUUCAGGGCUGUUGUCUUCUGUUGGCUUUCAUUCUUCAGGGCUGUUGUCUUCUGUUGUUGGCUUUCAUUCUUUCCCGCUUGUUGUAUUCUGUCGGCUUUCAUUCUUCAGGGCUGUUGUCUUCUGUUGGCUCUUUCUUCACGCUUGUUGUCUUCUGUCGGCUUUCAUUCUUCAGGUCUGGCUUCUUCCUGUUGGCUUUCAUUCAUCGCUUGUUGUCUUCAGGGCUUUCAUUCUUGUGUUGUCUUCGUUGGCUUUUCCAUUCUUUCAGGGCUGUUGUAUUCUGUUGGCUUUCAUUCUUCACGCUUGUUGUCUUCUCGUUGGCUUUCAUUCUUCAGGCCUGUUGUCUUCUGUUGGCUUUCAUUCUUCAGGGCUGUUGUCUUCUGUUGGCUUUCAUUCUUCACGCUUGUUGUCUUCUGUCGGCUUUCAUUCUUCAGGCCUGUUGUCUUCUGUUUGGCUUUCAUUCUUCCAUUAUUCAUUCUUCAGGGCUUGUUGUAUUCUGCUUGUUGUCUUCUGUGUCUUUCAUUCUUCAGGGCUGUUGUUGUCUUCUGUUGGCUUUCAUUCUUCACGCUUGUUGUGUUGUCUUGUUGGCUUUUUCAUUCUUCAGGUCUGUUGUCUUCGUUGGCUUUCAUUCUUCACGUUGUCUUCUGUUGCUUCAUUCUUCUUGUUGUCUUCGGCUUUCAUUCUUCAGCUGUUGUCUUCUGUUGGCUUUCAUCUUUCAGGGCUGUUGUUGUCUUCUGUUGGCUUUCAUUCUUCACGCUUGUUGUCUUCUGUGCUCUUCAGGGUGUCUUCUGUCUUUCAUUCUUCAGCUGUUGUCUUCUGUCUGCAUUCAUUCAUCAGUUUGUUGUCUUCUGUUGGCUUUCAUUCUUCACGCUUGUCUUCUGUCUUCUUGUUGUUGUAUUCUGUCGGCUUUUCAUUCUUCAGUCUUCUGUUGCUUUCAUUCUUUGUUGUCUUUUCAUUCAUUCUUCAGGCUUGUUGUAUUCUUGGCUUUCAUUCAUCACCUUGUUUCAUUCUUCAGGGCUGUUGUCUUCUGUUGGCUUUUCAUUCUUCACGCUUGUUGUAUUCUCUGUCCUUUCAUUCUUCAGGUCUGUUGUCUUCUGUUGGCUUUCAUUCUUCACGCUUUGUUGUCUUCUGUUGGCUUUCAUUCUUCAGGGCUGUUUGUCUUCUGUUGGCUUUCAUUCUUCACGCUUGUUGUCUCUGUCGGCUUUCAUUCUUCAGGCCUGUUGUCUUCUAUGGUUGGCUUUACAUUCUUCAGGGCUAUUGUCUUCUGUUGGCUUUCAUUCUUCAGAACUGUUGUCUUCUGUUGGCUUUCAUUCUCUUCACGCUUGUUGUCUUCUGUCGGCUUUCUUUCAAUUUUCAGGCUUCUGUUGGCUUUCAUUCUUCCUGUUGUAUUCUGCUGUUGUUGUUCUUUUCAUUGUUGGCUUUCAUCUUUCUUCACGCUUGUUGUCUUCUGUCGGCUUUCUUCUUUAGGCCUGUUGUCUUCUGUUGGCUUUCAUUCUUGGUUGUCUUGUUGGCUUUCAUUCUUCCAGGGCGUAACUUUGUUGCUUUCAUUCUUCCUUGUUGUCUUCUGUCGCUUUCAUUUUUAGGCCUGUUGUCUUCUUGUUGGCUUUCAUUCUUCAGUGGCUGUUGUCUUCUGUUGGCUUUCAUUCUUCAGGUCUGUUGUCUUCUGUUAGCUUUCCCUUCACGCUUGUUGUCUUCAUCGGCUUUCAUUCUUCAGGGCUGUUGUCUUCAUUCAUUCUUCAGGCUUGUUGUAUUCUGUUGGCUUUCAUUCUUCAGGGUUGUUGUCUUCUGUUGGCUUUCAUUCUUCAGGGCUUGUUGUCUUCUGUUGGCUUUUUUCAUUCUUCAGGGCUGUUGUCUUCUGUUGGCUAUUCAUUCUUCCUUGUUGUCUUCUGUCGGCUUUUCAUUCUUCAGGCCUGUUCUUUCAUUCUUCAGGGCUGUUGUCUUCUGUUGGCUUUCAUUCUUCAGCUUUGUUGUAUUCUGUCGGCUUUCAUUCCUUCAGGGCUGUUGUCUUCUGUUGGCUUUCAUUCUUCCUUGUUGUCUUCUGUCGGCUUUCAUUCUUCAGGCCUGUUGUCUUCUGUUGGCUUUCAUUCUUCAGGUCUGUUGUCUUCUGUUGGCUUUCAUUCUUCACGCUUGUUGUCUUCUGUCGGCUUUCAUUCUUCCAGGGCUGUUUAUUCUGGUGCUUUCAUUAUUCUUGUUGUAUUCUGUGGCUUUCAUUCUUCGGGCUGUUGUCUUCUAUUUGGCUUUUCAUUCUUUUUGUUGUCUUCUGUCGGCUUUCAUUCUUCAGGGCUGUUGUCUUCUGUUGGCUUUCAUUCUUCACUUGUUGUCUUCUGUUGGCUUUCAUUCUUCAGGGCUGUUGUUGUCUUCUGUGGCUUUUCAUUCUUCAGUUUGUUAUUUGUCUGUCGUUGCUUUCAUUCUUCAGGCCUGUUGUCUUCUGUUGGCUUUUCAUUUCUUCAGGGCUGUUGUCUUCUGUCUACAUUCAUUCUUCAGGGCUGUUGUCUUCUGUUGGCUUUCAUUCAUCACGCUUGUUGUCUUCUGUCGGCUUUCAUUCUUCAGGGUCUUCUGUUGUUUCAUUCUUCUUGUUGGUUUUCAUUCUUCAGUUUGUUGUCUUCUGUUGGCUUUCAUUCUUCUGUCUGUCAGCUUUUCAUUCUUUAGGGCUGUUGUCUUAUUUCUUCAUUCAUCACGUUGGUCUUCUGUCGGCUUUCAUUCUUCAGGGCUGUUGUCUUCUGUUGGCUUUCAUUCUUCACGCUUGUUGUAUUCUGUUGGCUUUCAUUCUUCAGGGCUGUUGUCUUCUGUUGGCUUUUCAUUCUUCAGGAAUGUUGUCUUCUGUUGCUUUCAUUCUUCAGGGCUGUUGUCUUCUGUUGGCUUUCAUUCUUCGCUUGUUGUCUUCUGUCGGCUUUCAUUCUUCAGGCCUGUUGUCUUCUGUUGGCUUUCAUUCUUUGUUCUUCAGGCUUUCAUUCUUCAGGGCUGUUGUCUUCUGUUGGCUUUUCAUUCUUCAGGGCUGUUGUCUUCUGUCGGCUUUCAUUCUUCAGGGCUGUUGUUGUCUUCUGUUGGCUUUCAUUCUUCGCUUGUUGUAUUUUGUCGGCUUUCAUUCUUCAGGGCUGUUGUCUUCUGUUGGCUUUCAUUCUUCAGGGCUGUUGUUGUCUUUGUUUUCAUUCUUCAAGGGCUGUUGUCUUCUGUUAGCUCAUUCUUCACGCUUGUUGUCUUCUGUUGGCUUUCAUUUCUUCAGGGCCUGUUGUCUUCUAUUUGGCUUUCAUUCUUCAGGGCUGUUGUCUUCUAUUUGGCUUUCAUUCUUCACGCUGUUGUCUUCUGUUGGCUUCAUUUUCAUCUUCUUCGGCUUUCAUUUCUUGGGCCUGUUAUUGUCUUCUGUUCUUUCAUUCUUCAGGGCUGUUGGCUUUGUCAGCUUUCAUUCUUCAGGCCUGUUGUCUUCUGGCUUUCAUUCUUCAGGGCUGUUGUCUUCUGUUGGCUUUCAUUUCUUCAGGGUUGUCUUCUGUUGGCUUUCAUUCUUCACCUUGUUGUCUUCUUCUGUCGGCUUUCAUUCUUCAGGCCUGUUGUUUGUCUUCUAUUUGGCUUUUCAUUCUUCACGCUUGUUGUCUUCUGUUGGCUUUCAUUCUUCAGGGCUGUUGUUCUGUUGGCUUUCAUUCUUGUUGUUGUCUUCUGUCGGCUUUCAUUCUUCAGGCUGUUGUCUUCUGUUGGCUUUCAUUCUUCACCUUGUUGUAUUCUGUCUAUUUUCAUUCUUCAGGGCUGUUGUCUUCUUUGGCUUUUUCAUUCUUCAGGGCCUGUUGUCUUCUGUUGGCUUUUCAUUCUUCAGGGCUGUUGUCUUUAUUUGGCUUUUUCAUUCUUCACGCUUGUUGUCUUCUGUCAGCUUUCAUUCUUCAGGGCUGUUGUCUUCUGUUGGCUUUCAUUCUUUCAGGCUGUUGUCUUCUGUUGGCUUUCAUUCUUCAGGGCUGUUGUCUUCUGUUGGCUCUUCAUUCUUCUGGGCUUUUCAUUCUUCAGGGCUGUGUCUUCUGUUGGCUUUCUUCUUCUUGUUGUUGUAUUCUGUCGGCUUUCAUUCUUCAGGGCUGUUGUCUUCUGUUGCAUUCAUUCUUCAGGUCUGUUGUCUUCUGUUUGGCUUUCAUUCUUCAGGCUGUUGUUGUCUUCUGUUGGCUUUCAUUCUUCAGGCUUGUUGUCUUCUGUUGGCUUUUCAUUCUUCACGCUUGUUGUCUUCUGUUGGCUUUCAUUCUUCAGGGCUGUUGUCUUCUGUUGGCUUUCAUUCUUCUCUACGCUUGUUGUCUUCUGUCGGUUUCGCCUUGUGUCUGUUGUCUUCUGUUGGCUUUCAUUCAUCACGCUUGUUGUCUUCUGUCGGCUUUCACCCUUCAGGCUGUUGUCUUCUGUUGGCUUUCAUUCUUCACGUUUGUUGUAUUCUGUUUAUUUUCAUUCUUCUUGUAGGCUGUUGUCUUCUGUUGGCUUUCAUUCUUCAGGGCUGUUGUCUUCUGUUGGCUUUCAUUCUUCACCUUGUUGUUGUCUUCUGUCGGCUUUCAUUCUUCAGGCCUGUUGUCUUCUGUUGGCUUUCAUUCUUCAGGGCUGUUGUCUUCUGUUGGCUUUCAUUCUUCAGGGCUGUUGUCUUCUGUUGGCUUUCAUUCUUCAGGGCUGUUGUCUUCUGUUGGCUUUCAUUCUUCACGCUUGUUGUCUUCUGUCGGCUUUCAUUCUUCAGGCCUGUUGUCUUCUGUUGGCUUUCAUUCUUCUGUUGUCUUGUUGGCUUUCAUUCAUCACGCUUAUUGUCUUCUCUUUCAUUCUUCAGGGUUGUUGUCUUCUGUUGGCUUUCUUCUUUCAGGGCUGUUGUCUUCUGUUGGCUUUCAUUCUUCACUUGUUGUCUUCUGUCGGCUUUCAUUCUUCACGCUUGUUUGUCUUCUGUUGCUUUCAUUCUUGGCUUUGUCUUCUGUUGGCUUUCAUUCAUUUCAGGGCUGUUGUCUUCUGUCGGCUUUCAUUCUUCAGGGCUGUUGUCUUCUGUUGGCUUUCAUUCUUCACGCUUGUUGUCUUCUGUUGGCUUUCAUUCUUCAGGGCUGUUGUCUUCUGUUGGCUUUUUUCAUUCUUCUGUUCUUUCAUUCUUUGUUGUCUUCUGUUGGCUUUCAUUCUUCAGGCUUGUUGUCUUCUGUCGGCUUUCAUUCUUCAGGGCUGUUGUCUUCUGUUGGCUUUCAUUCUUCAGGGCUGUUGUCUUCUCUUGGCUUUCAUUCUUCACGCUUGUUUGUCUUCUGUUGUUUUCAUUCUUCAGGUGUUGUCUUCUGUUGGCUUUCAUUCUUCAGGGCUGUUGUCUUCUGUUGGCUUUCAUUCUUCAGGCUUGUUGUCUUCUGUUGGCUUUCAUUCUUCAGGGCUGUUGUUCUUCUGUUGGCUUUCAUUCUUCAGGCUUGUUGUCUUCUGUCGGCUUUCAUUCUUCAGGGCUGUUGUCUUCUGUUGGCUUUCAUUCUUCACGCUUGUUGUCUUCUGCUGCUUUUCCUUCUUAGGGUCUUUGUCUUCUCGUUGGCUUUCAUUCUUCCAGGGCUGUUGUCUUCUGUUGGCUUUCAUUCUUCAGGGCUGUUGUCUUCUGUUGGCUUUUCAUUCUUCACGUUCUGUUGUCUUCUGUUGGCUUUUCAUUCUUUCAGGGCUUGUUGUCUUCUGUUGGCUUUUCAUUCUUCAGGGCUGUUGUCUUCUGUUGGCUUUCAUUCUUCAGGGCUGUUGUCUUCUGUUGGCUUUCAUUCUUCGCUUGUUGUCUUCUGUCGGCUUUCAUUCUUCAGGGCUGUUGUCUUCUGUUGGCUUUCAUUCUUCACGCUUGUUGUCUUCUGUCGGCUUUCAUUCUUCAGGUCUGUUGUCUUCUGUUGGCUUUCAUUCUUCCUGUCUGUUGUCCUUCUGUUGUCAGCUUUCAUUCUUCAGGGCUGUUGUCUUCUGUGGCUUUCAUUCUUCAGGGCUGUUGUCUUCUGUUGGCUUUUCAUUCUUUCAGGCUAUUUGUCUUCUGUGUCUUUCAUUCUUCAGGGCUGUUGUCUUCUUUUGUCUUUUUCAUUCUUCAGGGCUGUUUGUCUUCUGUUGGCUUUCAUUCUUCCAGGGCUGUUGUCUUCUGUCUUCUGUCUUCUGUUGGCUUUCAUUCUUCAGGCCUGUUGUCUUCUGUGCUUUCAUUCUUCAGGGCCUGUUGUCUUCUAUUUUUCAUUCUUCUUCAGGGCUGUUGUCUUCUGUUGCUUUCAUUCUUCCUUUAUUGUCUUCUGUGGCUUUUUCAUUCUUCAGGGCUGUUGUCUUCUGUUGGCUUUCAUUCUUCACGCUUGUUGUCAUUCUGUCGGCUUUCUGUGGCUUUCUUUCAGGCUUGUUGUCUUCUGUUGGCUUUUUCAUUCUUUCAGGGCUGUUGUCUUCUGUUGGCUUUCAUUCUUCCAGGUCUGUUGUCUUCUGUUGGCUUUCAUUCUUCACGCUUGUUGUCUUCUGUGGCUUUUCAUUCUUCAGGGCUGUUGUCUUCUGGUUGGCUUUCAUUCUUCAGGGCUUUUGUUGUCUUCUGUUGGCUUUCAUUCUUCAUCUGUUGUCUUUGUUGUCUUCUGUCGCUUUCAUUCUUCAGGGCUGUUGUCUUCUGUUGGCUUUCAUUCUUCCAGGUCUUGUUGUAUUCUGUUGGCUUUUCAUUCUUCAGGGGUUUGUUGUCUUCUGUUGUUGUCUUCUUUCAUUCUUCAGGCUGUUUCUUCUGUUGUCUUCUGUUGUUAUCUUCUGUCGGCUUUCAUUCUUCAGGGGCUGUUGUUGUCUUCUGUUGGCUUUCAUUCUUCAGGGCUUGUUGUCUUCUGUCGGCUUUCAUUCUUCAGGGCUGUUGUCUUCUGUUGGCUUUCAUUCUUCAGGGCUGUUGCUUUCUUCUUGUUGGCUUUCAUUCUUCAUUCUUGUUGUCUGUUGUCUUCUGUUGGCUUUCAUUCUUCUGUUGUCUUUUGUUGUCUUCACGCUUGUUGUUGUCGGCUUUCAUUCUUCCAGGGCUGUUGUUGUCUUCUGUUGGCUUUCAUUCUUCAGGGUAUUUUGUCUUCUGUUGCUGUUUCAUUCUUCUUCAGGGCUGUUCUUCUUGUGGCUUUCAUUCUUGUCUUCUUUGUCAUUCUUGCUUGUAUUCAUUUCUGUCAGGCCUGUUGGUCUUCUGUUGGCUUUCAUUCUUCAGGGCUUGUUGUCUUCUGUUGGCUUUCAUUCUUCAGGGCUGUUGUCUUCUGUUGGCUUUCAUUCUUCACGCUUGUUGUCUUCUGUCGGCUUUCAUUCUCCUUCAGGGCUGUUGUCUUCUGUUGGCUUUCAUUCUUCACGCUUGUUGUCUUCUGUUUCAGCUUUCAUUCUUCAGGGCUGUUGUCUUCUGUUGGCUUUCAUUCUUUCAGGGGCUGUUGUCUUCUGUUGGCUUUCAUUCUUUUCAGGGCUGUUGUCUUCUGUUGGCUGUUCUUUUUGUCUUCUGUUCUUUCAUUCUUCAGGCCUUUUGUCUUCUGUUGGCUUUCAUUCUUCAGGGCUGUUGUCUUCUGUUGGCUUUCAUUCUUCCAGGGCUGUUGUCUUCUUCUUUGGCUUUCAUUCUUCAGGGCUUGUUGUCUUCUGUCGGCUUUCAUUCUUCAGGCCUGUUGUCUUCUGUUGGCUUUCAUUCUUCAGGGCUGUUGUCUUCUGUUGGCUUUCAUUCUUCAGGGCUGUUGUCUUCUGUUGGCUUUCAUUCUUCAGGGCUGUUGUCUUCUGUCGGCUUUUCAUUUUCCAGGCUGUUGUCUUCUAUUCAGCUUUCAUUCUUCAGGGCUGUUGUCUUCUGUUGGUUUUCAUUCUUCAGGGCUGUUGUCUUCUAUUUGGCUUUCAUUCUUCAGGGCUGUUGUCUUCUGUGUUGGCUUUUCAUUCUUCAGGGCUGUUGUCUUCUGUUGGCUUUCAUUCUUCACGCUUGUUGUCUUCUGUUGUUGCUUUCUUUCAUUCUUCCAGGGCUGUUGUCUUCUGUUGGCUUUUCAUUCUUCAGGGCUGUUGUCUUCUUUGGCUUUCAUUCUUCAGGGUUGUCUUCUGUCGGCUUUCAUUCUUCAGGGCUGUUGUCUUCUGUUGGCUUUCAUUCUUCACGCUUGUUGUCUUCUGUCGGCUUUCGUUCUUCUGUUGUCUUCUUGUUUUUCAUUCUUCAGGGCUGUUGUCUUCUGUUGGCUUUCAUUCUUCAGGGCUGUUGUCUUCUGUUGGCUUUCAUUCUUCACGCUUGUUGUCUUCUGUCGGCUUUCAUUCUUCAGGCCUGUUGUCUUCUUUGGCUUUCAUUCUUCAGGGCUGUUGUCUUCUGUUGAAACCAUUCUUCAGGUUGUUGUCUUCUGUUGGCUUUCAUUCUUCAGGCUUGUUGUCUUCUGUCGGCUUUCAUUCUUCAGGCUUUUCAUUCUUCAGGGCUGUUGUCUUCUGUUGGCUUUCAUUCUUCAGGGCUGUUGUCUUCUGUUGGCUUUCAUUCUUCACGGUUGUCUUCUGUCGGCUUUCAUUCUUCAGGGCUGUUGUCUUCUGUUGGCUUUCAUUCUUCCUUGUUUAUCUUCUGUCGGCUUUCAUUCUUCAGGGCUGUUGUCUUCUGUUGGCUUUUCAUUCUUCAGGGCUGUUGUCUUCUAUUUCAUUCUUCUGUUGUCUUUAUUUCAUUCUUCCUUUUCUUCUUGCUUUCAUUCUUCAGGCCUGUUUCAUUAGCUUUCAUUCUUCAGGGCUGUUGUCUUCUUCUUGGCUUUUCAUUCUCAGGGCUAUUUGUCUUCUGUUGGCUUUCAUUCUUCACGCUUAUUUGUCUUCUGUCGGCUUUCAUUCUUCAGGGCUGUUGUCUUCUGUUGGCUUUUCAUUCUUCACGCUUAUUUGUCUUCUGUCGGCUUUCAUUCUUCCAGGGCUUUUGUCUUCUGUUGGCUUUUCAUUCUGUUAUUGUCUUCUUAUUUUUCAUUCUUCCAGUGUGUCUUCUGUUGUCUUUCAUUCUUCACUUGUUAUCUUCUGUUGGCUUUCAUUCUUAAGACUGUUGUCUUCUGUUGGCUUUCAUUCUUCAGGGCUGUUGUCUUCUGUCUGCUUUCAUUCUUCAGGUCUGUUGUCUUCUGUUGGCUUUUUCAUUCUUCAGGUCUUCUGUUGUCUUCUGUUGGCCUUUCAUUCUUCAGGGCUGUUGUCUUCUGUUGGCUUUUCAUUCUUCACGCUUGUUGUCUUCUGUUGGCUUUCAUUCUUCAGGGUUGUUGUCUUCUGUUGGCUUUCAUUCUUCAGGCCUGUUGUCUUCUGUUGGCUUUUCAUUCUUCAAGGGCUGUUGUCUUCUGUUGGCUUUCAUUCUUUCAGGCUAUUGUCUUCUGUUGGCUUUCAUUCUUCAGGGCUGUUGUCUUCUGUUGGCUUUCAUUCUUCACGCUUAUUUGUAUUCUGUCGGCUUUUCAUUCUUCAGGGGCUGUUGUCUUCUGUUGGCUUUCAUUCUUCAGGGCUGUUGUCUUCUGUUGGCUUUUUCAUUCUUCAUUCUUCUGUUGGCUUUCAUUCUUCCUUGUUGUCUUCUGUUGGCUUUCAUUCUUCAGGCCUGUUGUCUUCUGUUGGCUUUUCAUUCUUCAGGGCUGUUGUCUUCUGUUGGCUUUCAUUCUUCAGGGCUGUUGUCUUCUGUUGGCUUUCAUUCUUCACGCUUGUUGUCUUCUGUUAUUUUCAUUCUUCAGGGCUUUGUCUUCUGUUGCUUUUUCAUUCUUCAGGCCUGUUGUCUUUUGUCGGCUUUCAUUCUUCAGGGCUGUUGUCUUUGUUGGCUUAUUCUUCUGUCUUCUGUGUUUUCUUCUUCAGGGCUGUUGUCUUCUGUUGGCUUUCAUUCUUCAGGGUUGUUGUCUUCUGUUGGCUUUCAUUCUUCAGGGCUUUUUGUCUUCUGUUGGCUUUCAUUCUUCGCUUGUUGUCUUCUAUCGGCUUUCAUUCUUCAUUCUGUUGUCUUCUGUUGGCUUUCAUUCUUCACGGCUGUUGUCUUCUGUUGGCUUUUCAUUCUUCAGGAUGUUGUCUUCUGUUGGCUUUCAUUCUUCUUGUUGUUGUCUUCAUUUGUUGGCUUUCAUUCUUCUUAGGGCUGUUGUCUUCUGUUGGCUUUCAUUCUUCAGGCUGUUGUCUUCUGUUGGCUUUCAUUCUUCAUGGCUGUUGUCUUCUGUCGGCCAUUCUUCAGGGCUGUUGUCUUCUGUUGCUUUCAUUCUUCACGCUUUGUUGUAUUCUGUUGGCUUUCAUUCUUUACGGCUGUUGUCUUCUAUUUGGCUUUCAUUCUUCAGGGCUGUUGUCUUCUGUUGGCUUUCAUUCUUCAGGGCUGUUGUCUCUUGUUGGCUUUCAUUCUUCAGGGUUGCUUUUUUGUUCUGUUGGCUUUCAUUCUUCACGGAUGUUGUCUUCUGUUGGCUUUCAUUCUUCAGGGCUGUUGUAUUCUGUUGGCUUUCAUUCUUCACGCUUUGUUGUAUUCUGUCGGCUUUCAUUCUUCAGGGCUGUUGUCUUCUGUUGGCUUUCAUUCUUCAGGGCUGUUGUCUUCGUUGGCUUUCAUUCUUCCUUGUUGUCUUCAUCAGCUUUCAGGGCUGUUGUCUUCUGUUGGCUUUCAUUCUUCAGGGCUGUUGUCUUCUGUUGGCUUUCAUUCUUCAGGGCUGUUGUCUUCUGUUGGCUUUCAUUCUUCAGGCUUGUUGUCUUCUGUUGGCUUUCAUUCUUCAGGGCUGUUGUCUUCUGUUGGCUUUCAUUCUUCUUCAGGCUUGUUGUCUUCGUCGGCUUUCAUUCUUCAAGGGCUGUUGCUUCGUUGGCUUUCUGUUCUUCGCUUGUUGUCUUCUGUCGGCGCUUUCAUUCUUCAGGGCUGUUGUCUUCUGUUAUUUUCAUUCUUCACGCUUGUUGUCUUCUCUGUCGGCUUUCAUUCUUCAGGACUGUUGUCUUCUGUUGGCUUUCAUUCUUCAGGGUUGUUGUCUUCUGUUGGCUUUCAUUCUUCAGGGCUGUUGUCUUUGUUGCUUUUCAUUCUUCAGGGUUGUUGUCUUCGUUGUCUUCUGUUGUUGCUUUGUUUCUUUCAGGGGUCUUCUGUUGGCUUUCAUUCUUCAGGGCUGUUGUCUUCUGUUGGCUUUCAUUCUUCAGGUUGUUGUUUGUUGGCUUUAUUCCCUCACGCUUGUUGUCUUCUGUCGGCUUUUCAUUCUUCAGGGCUGUUGUCUUCUGUUGGCUUUCAUUCUUCCCUUUGUUGUAUUCUGUCGGCUUUCAUUCUUUCAGGGCCUGUUGUCUUAGGGCUUUCAUUCUUCAGGUCUGCUUGUCUUCUGUUGGCUUUCAUUCUUCAGCGCUGCUUGUCUUCUGUUGUUUUCAUUCUUCACGCUGUCUUCUGUUGGCUUUCAUUCUUCCCUUUUGUUGUCUUCUGUCAUUUCAUUCUGAGCCUAUUUGUCUUCUGUUGGCUUUCAUUCUUCACGCCGCUGUUGUAUUCUGUCGGCUUUUCAUUCUUCAGGGCUGUUGUCUUCUGUUGGCUUGUUGUCUUCUGUCAUUUCAUUCUUCCAGCCUGUUGUGUUCUGUUGGCUUUCAUUCUUUAGGAGGCCUGUUGUCUUCUGUUGGCUUUCAUUCUUCAGGGUCUUCUGUUGGCUUUCAUUUCUGUUGUCUUUUCAUUUCUUCAGGGCUGUUGUCUCCUGUUGGCUUUCAUUCUUCUUGUUGUCUUGUCGGCUUUCAUUCUUCAGGCCUGGCUGUUGUCUUCUGUUGCUUCAUUCUUCACGCUUGUUGUCUUCUCGGCUUUCAUUCUUCAGGGCUGUUGUCUUCUGUUGGCUUUCAUUCUUCACGCUUGUUGUCUUCUGUCGGCUUUCAUUCUUCAGGGCUGUUGUCUUCUGUUGGCUUUCAUUCUUCAGGCUUGUUGUCUUCUGUAGGCUUUCAUUCUUCAGGGCUGUUGUCUUCUGUUGGCUUUCAUUCUUCAGGGCUGUUGUCUUCUGUUGGCUUUCAUUCUUCAGGGCUGUUGUCUUCUGUUGGCUUUCAUUCUUCAGGCUGUUUGUUGUCAUUCUUCUGUUGUCUUUCUUUCAUUCUUCACGCUUGUUGUCUUCUGUCGGCUUUUCAUUCUUCAGGGCUGUUGUCUUCUGUUGUUGGCUUUCAUUCUUCAGGCUUGUUGUCUUCUGUUGGCUUUCAUUCUUCAGGGCUGUUGUCUUCUGUUGGCUUUCAUUCUUCAGGCUUGUUGUCUUCUGUUGGCUUUCAUUCUUUCAGGCUUGUUGUCUUCUGUCGGCUUUCAUUCUUCAGGGCUGUUGUCUUCUGUUGGCUUUCAUUCUUCACGCUUGUUGUCUUCUGUCGGCUUUCAUUCUUCAGGGCUGUUGUCUUCUGUUGGCUUUCAUUCUUCAGGGCUGUUGUCUUCUGUUGGCUUUCAUUCUUCACGCUUGUUGUCUUCUGUCGGCUUUCAUUCUUCAGGGCUGUUGUCUUCUGUUGGCUUUCAUUCUUCAGGGCUGUUGUCUUCUGUUGGCUUUCAUUCUUCAGCUUGUUGUCUUCUGUCGCUUUUUCAUUCUUCAGGGCUGUUGUCUUCUGUUGGCUUUCAUUCUUGGGGCUUGUUGUCUUCUGUCGGCUUUCAUUCUUCAGGGCUGUUGUCUUCUGUUGGCUUUCAUUCUUCAGGCUUGUUGUCUUCUGUCGGCUUUCAUUCUUCAGGGCUUGUUGUCUUCUUCUGUUGGCUUUCAUUCUUCAGGCUUGUUGUCUUCUGUCGGCUUUCAUUCUUCAGGGCUGUUGUCUUCUGUUGGCUUUCAUUCUUCAGGGCUGUUGUCUUCUGUUGGCUUUCAUUCUUCACGCUUGUUGUCUUCUGUCGGCUUUCAUUCUUCAGGGCUGUUGUCUUCUGUUGGCUUUCAUUCUUCACGCUUGUUGUCUUCUGUCGGCUUUUCAUUCUUCAGGGCUGUUGUCUUCUGUUGGCUUUUUUUCAUUCUUCAGGGCUGUUGUCUUCUGUUGGCUUUCAUUCUUCAGGGCUGUUGUCUUCUGUUGGCUUUCAUUCUUCACGCUUGUUGUCUUCUGUCGGCUUUCAUUCUUCAGGUCUGUUGUCUUCUGUUGGCUUUCAUUCAUCACGCUUGUUGUCUUCUGUCGGCUUUCAUUCUUCAGGGCUGUUGUCUUCUGUUGGCUUUCAUUCUUCACGCUUGUUGUAUUCUGUCGGCUUUCAUUCUUCAGGGCUGUUGUCUUCUGUUGGCUUUCAUUCUUCAGGGCUGUUGUCUUCUGUUGGCUUUCAUUCUUCAGGGCUGUUGUCUUCUGUUGGCUUUCAUUCUUCACGCUUGUUGUCUUCUGUUGGCAUUUUUCAUUCUUCAGGGCUGUUGUCUUCUGUUGGCUUUCAUUCUUCUGUUGUCUUGGCUUUCAUUCUUCAGGGCUGUUGUCUUCUGUUGGCUUUCAUUCUUCACGCUUGUUGUCUUCUGUCGGCUUUCAUUCUUCAGGGGCUUCUGUUGUCUUCUGUUGGCUUUCAUUCUUCAGGUUGUCUUCUUGUUGUCUUCUGUUGGCUUUCAUUCUUCAGGGCUGUUGUCUUCUGUUGGCUUUCAUUCUUCACGCUUGUUGUCUUCUGUUGGCUUUCAUUCUUCACGCUUGUUGUCUUCUGUCGGCUUUCAUUCUUCAGGGCUGUUGUCUUCUGUUGGCUUUCAUUCUUCAGGGCUGUUGUCUUCUGUUGGCUUUCAUUCUUCACGCUUGUUGUCUUCUGUCGGCUUUCAUUCUUCACGCUUGUUGUCUUCUGUCGGCUUUCAUUCUUCAGGUCUGUUGUCUUCUGUUGGCUUUCAUUCUUCAGGGCUGUUGUCUUCUGUUGCUUUCAUUCUUCAGGCUUGUUGUCUUCUGUUGGCUUUCAUUCUUCAGGGCUGUUGUCUUCUGUUUGGCUUUCAUUCUUCAGGGCUGUUGUCUUCUGUUGGCUUUCAUUCUUCAGGGCUUGUUGUCUUCUGUCGGCUUUCAUUCUUCAGGCUUGUUGUCUUCUGUCGGCUUUCAUUCUUCAGGCCUGUUGUCUUCUGUUGGCUUUCAUUCUUCAGGGCUGUUGUCUUCUGUUGGCUUUCAUUCUUCACGCUUGUUGUCUUCUGUCGGCUUUCAUUCUUCAGGGCUGUUGUCUUCUGUUGGCUUUCAUUCUUCACGCUUGUUGCUUUCAUUCUUCUGUUGUCUUCUGUUGGCUUUCAUUCUUCAGGGCUGUUGUCUUCUGUUGGCUUUCAUUUUUCAGGGCUGUUGUCUUCUGUUGGCUUUUCAUUCUUCAGGGCUUGUUGUCUUCUGUUGGCUUUCAUUCUUCAGGGCUGUUGUCUUCUGUUGGCUUUCAUUCUUGCCUGUUGUCUUGUUGGCUUUCAUUCUUCAGGCUUGUUGUCUUCAUUCUUGUCGGCUUUCAUUCUCGGCUUUUUCACGCUUGUUGUCUUCUGUCGGCUUUCAUUCUUCAGGGCUGUUGUCUUCUGUUGGCUUUCAUUCUUCAGGGCUGUUGUCUUCUGUUGGCUUUCAUUCUUUCUUCUGUCGGCUUUCAUUCUUCAGGCCUGUUGUCUUCUGUUGGCUUUCAUUCUUCACGCUUGUUGUGUUUCUUGUCGGCUUUCAUUCUUCAGGCUUGUUGUCUUCUGUUGGCUUUCAUUCUUCAGGGCUGUUGUCUUCUGUUGGCUUUCAUUCUUCAGGGCUGUUGUCUUCUGUUGGCUUUCAUUCUUCAGGGCUGUUGUCUUCUGUUGGCUUUCAUUCUUCAGGGCUGUUGUCUUCUGUUGGCUUUCAUUCUUCACGCUUGUUGUCUUCUGUCGGCUUUCAUUCUUCAGGGCUGUUGUCUUCUGUUGGCUUUCAUUCUUCACGCUUGUUGUCUUCUGUCGGCUUUCAUUCUUCAGGGCUGUUGUCUUCUGUUGGCUUUCAUUCUUCACGCUUGUUGUCUUCUGUUGGCUUUCAUUCUUCAGGGCUGUUGUCUUCUGUUGGCUUUCAUUCUUCAGGGCUGUUGUCUUUGUUGGCUUUUCAUUUCUGUCUUCUGUCGGCUUUCAUUCUUCAGGGCUGUUGUCUUCUGUCUGCUUUUCAUUCUUCACUUCUUUUGUUGUCUUCUGUCGGCUUUCAUUCUUCAGGCUGUUGUCUUCUGUUGGCUUUCAUUCUUCACGCUUGUUGUCUUCUGUCGGCUUUCAUUCUUCAGGGCUGUUGUCUUCUGUUGGCUUUCAUUCUUCAGGGCUGUUGUCUUCUGUUGGCUUUCAUUCUUCAGGGCUGUUGUCUUCUGUUGGCUUUCAUUCUUCACGCUUGUUGUAUUCUGUCGGCUUUCAUUCUUCAGGGCUGUUGUCUUCUGUUGGCUUUCAUUCUUCACGCUUGUUGUCUUCUGUCGGCUUUCAUUCUUCAGGCUGUUGUCUUCUGUUGGCUUUCAUUCUUUCUGUUGUCUUCUGUUGGCUUUCAUUCUUCAGGGCUGUUGUCUUGUUGCUUUUUCAUUCUUCAGGCUUGUUGUAUUCUGUCGGCUUUCAUUCUUCAGGGCUGUUGUCUUCUGUUGGCUUUCAUUCUUCAGGGCUGUUGUCUUCUGUUGGCUUUCAUUCUUCAGGGCUGUUGUCUUCUGUUGGCUUUCAUUCUUCACGCUUGUUGUCUUCUGUCGGCUUUCAUUCUUCAGGCCUGUUGUCUUCUGUUGGCUUUCAUUCUUCAGGGCUGUUGUCUUCUGUUGGCUUUCAUUCUUCAGGGCUGUUGUCUUCUGUUGCUUUCAUUCUUCUGUCUUCUGUUGGCUUUCAUUCUUCAGGGCUUGUUGUCUUCUGUUGGCUUUCAUUCUUCUAGGCUUGUUGUCUUCUGUUGGCUUUCAUUCUUCAGGGCUUGUUGUCUUCUGUCGGCUUUCAUUCUUCAGGGCUGUUGUCUUCUGUUGGCUUUCAUUCUUCUUCAGGGCUGUUGUUCUGUUGGCUUUCAUUCUUCACGCUUGUUGUCUUCUGUCGGCUUUCAUUCUUCAGGGCUGUUGUCUUCUGUUGGCUUUCAUUCUUCAGGGCUUGUUGUCUUCUGUCGGCUUUCAUUCUUCAGGCUUGUUGUCUUCAGGGCUUUCAUUCUUGCUUGUUGUCUUCUGUUGGCUUUCAUUCUUCAGGGCUGUUGUCUUCUGUUGGCUUUCAUUCUUCAGGCUUGUUGUCUUCUGUUGGCUUUCAUUCUUCAGGGCUGUUGUCUUCUGUUGGCUUUCAUUCUUCAGGCUUGUUGUCUUCUGUCUUUUCAUUCUUCAGGGCUGUUGUCUUCUGUUGGCUUUCAUUCUUCACGCUUGUUGUCUUCUGUCGGCUUUCAUUCUUCAGGGCUGUUGUCUUCUGUUGGCUUUCAUUCUUCAGGGCUGUUGUCUUCUGUUGGCUUUCAUUCUUCAGGGCUGUUGUCUUCUGUUGCUUUCAUUCUUCUUGUUGUCUUCUGUCGGCUUUUCAUUCUUCAGGGCUGUUGUCUUCUGUUGGCUUUCAUUCUUCAGGGCUGUUGUCUUCUGUUGCUUUCAUUCUUCACGCUUGUUGUCUUCUGUCGGCUUUCAUUCUUCAGGGCUGUUGUCUUCUGUUGGCUUUCAUUCUUCAGGCUUGUUGUCUUCUGUUGGCUUUCAUUCUUCUUGUUGUCUUCUGGGCUUUCAUUCUUCAGGGCUGUUGUCUUCUGUUGGCUUUCAUUCUUCAGGUCUUGUUGUCUUCUUCUUUUCAUUCUUCAGGGCUUGUUGUCUUCUGUUGGCUUUCAUUCUUCAGGGCUGUUGUCUUCUGUUGGCUUUUCAUUCUUCAGGGCUGUUGUCUUCUGUUGGCUUUCAUUCUUCACGCUUGUUGUCUUCUGUCGGUUUUCAUUCUUCAGGGCUGUUGUCUUCUGUUGGCUUUCAUUCUUCAGGGCUGUUGUCUUCUGUUGGCUUUCAUUCUUCAGGGCUGUUGUCUUCUGUUGGCUUUCAUUCUUCAGGCUGUUGUCUUCUGUUGGCUUUCAUUCUUCAGGGCUGUUGUCUUCUGUUGGCUUUCAUUCUUCAGGGCUGUUGUCUUCUGUUGGCUUUCAUUCUUCACGCUUGUUGUCUUCUGUUGGCUUUCAUUCUUCAGGGCUGUUGUCUUCUGUGGCUUUCAUUCUUUCAUUGUUGUCUUCUGUUGCUUUCAUUCUUUCUGUUGUCUUUUCAUUCUUCAGGGCUGUUGUCUUCUGUUGGCUUUCAUUCUUCAGGGCUGUUGUCUUCUGUUGGCUUUCAUUCUUCAGGGCUUGUUGUCUUCUGUUGGCUUUCAUUCUUUCUUCAGGGCUCAUUCUUUGUCUUCUGUUGGCUUUCAUUCUUCAGGGCUGUUGUCUUCUGUUGGCUUUCAUUCUUCAGGGUCUGUUGUCUUCUGUUGGCUUUCAUUCUUCAGGGCUGUUGUCUUCUGUUGGCUUUCAUUUUCACGCUUGUUGUCUUCUGUCGGCUUUUCAUUCUUUUCAGGGUUGUUGUCUUCUGUCUGCUUUAUUUUCAGGGCUGUUGUCUUCGUUGGUUUUCAUUCUUUGCCGCUGUUGUCUUCUGUUUGCUUUCAUUCUUCUGGCUGUUGUUCUUGUUGGCUUUUCAUUCUCAUUGCCGCCAUGUAUUCUGUCGCUUUCAUUCUUCAUGUUGUCUUCUAUUGGCUUAUUCUUCAGGCUGUUGUCUUCUUGUUGGCUUUCACCUUCAGGGCUGUUGUCUUCUGUUGGCUUUCACUCUACACGCUUGUUGUCUUCUGUCAUUUUCAUUCUUCACGCUGUUGUCUUCUUGUCGGCUUUCAUUCUUCAGGGCUGUUGUCUUCGUUGGCUUUCAUUCUUUCUUGUGGGUUGUUGUCUUCUUGUUGGCUUUCAUUCUUCACGCUUGUCUUCUGUCGGCUUUCAUUUUCAGGGUUGUCUUCUAUCGGCUUUCAUUUUUCAGGCUUGUUGUCUUCUGUUGGCUUUCAUUCUUCACGCUUGUUGUCUGUCGGCUUUCAUUCUUUGUUGUCUUCUGUCGGCUUUCAUUCUUCAGGGCUGUUGUCUUCUGUUGGCUUUUCAUUCUUGUUGUCUUCUGUCGGCACCAUUCUUAGGGUUGUUAUCUUCUGUUGGCUUUCAUUCUUCACGCUUUCAUUCUUCGGCUGUUUGUCUUCUGUUGGCUUUCAUUCUUCAUUCUUCAGGGCUGUUGUCUUCUGUUGGGCUUGUUGUCUUCUGUCAGCUUUCAUUCUUCUGGGCUGUUGUCUUCUGUUGCUUUCAUUCUUCAGGUCUGUUGCUUUCAUUCUUGUUGUUGUAUUCUGUUCAUUCUUCAGGGCCUGUUGUCUUCUUGCUUUCAUUCUUCACGCUUGUUGUCGGCUUUUCAUUCUUCAGGGCUGUUGUCUUCUGUUGGCUUUCAUUCUUCCUUGUUGUCUUUGUGGCUUUCAUUCUUUACGCUUGUCUGUCGGCUUUCAUUCAUUCUUCAGGGCUGUUGUCUUCUGACUUUCAUUCUUCAGGGCUGUUGUUUCACUGGCUUUUCUUCACGCUUGUUGUCUUCUGUCGGCUUUCAUUCUUCAGGUCUAUUUGUCUUCUGUUGGCUUUCAUUCUUCAGGGCUUUGUUGCUUUCAUUCUUCUUGUUGUCUUCUGUCGGCUUUCAUUCUUCAGGCUGUUGUCUUCUGUUGGCUUUUCAUUCUUCACGCUUGUUGUCUUCUGUCGGCUUUCAUUCUUCAGGGGCUGUUGUCUUCUGGCUUUCAUUCUUCAGGCUUGUUGUCUUCUGUUGGCUUUCAUUCUUCAGGGCUGUUGUCUUCUUUUUUUGGCUUUCAUUCUUCAGGGCUGUUGUCUUCUGUUGGCUUUCAUUCUUCAGGGCUGUUGUCUUUAUUUGCUUUCAUUCUUCACGCUUGUUGCUUCUGUUUCAUUCUUCAGGCCUGUUGUCUUCUGUUGGCUUUCAUUCUUCAGGCUGUUGUCUUCUGUUGGCUUUCAUUCUUCACGCUUGUUGUCUUCUGUGCUUUCAUUCUUCACUGGCUUUCCUUUCUUCUUCACGCUUGUUGUCUUCUGUCGGCUUUCAUUCUUCAGGGCUGUUGUCUUCUGUUGGCUUUCAUUCUUCACGCUUGUUGUCUUCUGUCGGCUUUCAUUCUUCAGGGCUGUUGUCUUCUUGGCUUUCAUUCUUCAGGGCUUUCAUUCUUCAUUCUUCACUUGUUGUCUUCUGUCGGCUUUCAUUUUUCAGGCUGUUGUCUUCUGUUGGCUUUCAUUCUUCAGGGCUUUCAUUCUUCACGGCUGUUGUCUUCUGUUGGCUUUCAUUCUUCAGGCUUGUUGUCUUCUGUUGGCUUUCAUUCUUCAGGGCUGUUGUUGUUGGCUUUCAUUCUUGCUGUUGUCUUCUUCAUUUUCAUUCUUCAGGGCUGUUGUCUUCUGUUGGCUUUCAUUCUUCAUUGUCUUUGUUGUCUUCUGUCGGCUGUUUCAUUCUUCAGGUCAUUCUUGCUUAUUCUUCUGUUGGCUUUCAUUCUUGGGGCUGUUGUCUUCUGUUGGCUUUCAUUCUUCCGCUUGUUGUCUUCUGUCGGCUUUCAUUCUUCUGGGUAUUUGUCUUCUGUUGGCUUUCAUUCUUCAGGGCUGUUGUCUUCUGUUAGCUUUCAUUCUUCCUUGUUGUCUUCUGUUGGCUUUCAUUCUUCACGCUGUUUGUCUUCUGUUGGCUUUCAUUCUUAGGGCUGUUGUCUUCUGUUGGCUUUCAUUCUUCAGGGCUGUUGUCUUCUGUUGGCUUUUCAUUCUUCGCUGUUGUCUUCUGUUGGCUUUCGCUUUCUUUAGGCUGUUGUCUUCUGUCUGGCUUUCAUUCUUCCCAGGGCUGUUGUCUUCUGCUUCAUUCGGCUUUCAUUCUUUCAUUCUUACCUUGUUGUCUUCUGUCGGCUUUCAUUCUUCAGGGCUGUUGUCUUCUGUUGGCUUUCAUUCUUCACGCUUGUUGUCUUCUGUCGGCUUUCAUUCUUCAGGGCUGUUGUCUUCUGUUGGCUUUCAUUCUUCACGCUUGUUGUCUUCUGUCGGCUUUUCAUUCUUCAGGGCUGUUGUCUUCUGUUGGCUUUCAUUCUUUCACUUGUUGUCUUCUGUCGGCUUUCAUUCUUCAGGGCUGUUGUCUUCCUGUUGGCUUUCAUUCUUCACUUGUUGUAUUCUGUCGGCUUUCAUUCUUCAGGGCUGUUGUCUUCUGUUGGCUUUCAUUCUUCACGCUUAUUUGUAUUUUGUCUUCUGUCCUUCUGUUGGCUUUCAUUCUUCAGGGCUGUUGUCUUCUGUUGGCUUUUCAUUCUUCACCUUGUCUUCUGUCCUUUCAUUCUUCAGGUUUGUUGUCUUCUGUUGGCUUUCAUUCUUCAGGGCUGUUGUCUUCUGUUGGCUUUCAUUCUUCACGCUUGUUGUCUUCAUUCUUCGGGCUGUUUCUUCUGUCUGCUUUGUUGCUAUUUGUCUUCUGUUGGCUUUCUUUUCACGCUUGUUUCUUCUGUCGGGCUGUUGUCUUCUUCGUUGGCUUUCAUUCUUUCACGCUUGUUGUCUUCUGUCGGCUUUCAUUCUUUCAGGCUGUUGUCUUCUGUUGGCUUUCAUUCUUCACGCUUGUUGUCUUCUGUUGGCUUUCAUUUUCAGGGCUGUUGUCUUCUGUUGGCUUUCAUUCUUCAGGGCUGUUGUCUUCUGUUGGCUUUCAUUCUUCACUGUUGUCUUCUGUUGGCUUUCAUUCUUUGGGCCUGUUGUCUUCUGUUGGCUUUUUCAUUCUUCAGGGCUGUUGUCUUCUGUUGGCUUUCAUUCUUCAGGGCUGUUGUCUUCUGUCGGCUUUCAUUCUUCAGGGCUGUUGUCUUCUGUUGGCUUUCAUUAUUCACGCUUGUUGUAUUCUGUCGGCUUUCAUUCUUCAGGGCUGUUGUCUUCUGUUGGCUUUCAUUCUUCACGCUUGUUGUCUUCUGUUGGCUUUCAUUCUUUACGCUUGUUGUCUUCUGGCUUUCAUUCUUCGUUGUCUUCUGUUUCAUUCUUCAGGGCUGUUGUCUUCUGUUGGCUUUCAUUCUUCAGGGCUGUUGUCUUCUGUUGGCUUUCAUUCUUCACGCUUGUUGUCUUCUGUCGGCUUUCAUUCUUCAGGGCUGUUGUCUUCUGUCUGCUUUCAUUCUUCAGGUCUGUUGUCUUCUGUUGGCUUUCAUUCUUCACGCUUGUUGUCUUCUGUCGGCUUUCAUUCUUCAGGGCUGUUGUCUUCUGUUGGCUUUCAUUCUUCACGCUUGUUGUCUGUUGUCUUCUGUUGGCUUUCAUUCAUCACGCUUGUUGUCUUCUGUCGCUUUCAUUCUUGAUUGGCUUUCAUUCUUCACGCUUUUGUCUUCUGUCGGCUUUCAUUCUUCAGGGCUGUUGUCUUCUGUUGGCUUUUUCAUUCUUCAGGCUUGUUGUCUUCUGUUGGCUUUCAUUCUUCAGGGCUGUUGUCUUCUGCUUUCAGGUUGUCUUCUGUUGGCUUUCAUUCUUCUUAUUUGUUGGUCUUCUUUUCAUUCUUCCAGGGCUGUUGUCUUCUGUUGGCUUUCAUUCUUCCAGGGUUGUUGCUUUCAUUCUGUUGUUGCUUUCAUUUUCUUCACUGUUGUUGUCUUCUAUUUGGCUUUCAUUCUUCAGGCUUGUCUGUCGGCUCUUGUCUUCAUUCUUCAGGGCUGUUGUCUUCUGUUGGCUUUCAUUCUUCAGGGCUGUUGUCUUCUGUUGGCUUUCAUUCUUCACGGCUGUUGUCUUCUGUUGGCUUUCAUUCUUCAGGGCUGUUGUCUUCUGUUGGCUUUCAUUCUUCACGCUUGUUGUCUUCUGUCGGCUUUCAUUCUUCAGGCCUGUUGUUGUCUUCUGUUGGCUUUCAUUCUUCAGGGCUGUUGUCUUCUGUUUGCUUUCAUUAUUCACGCUUGUUGUAUUCUGUCGGCUUUCAUUCUUUGGGGCUGUUGUCUUCUGUUGGCUUUCAUUCUUCCCUUGUUGUCUUCUGUCGGCUUUUCAUUCUUCAGGCUGUUGUCUUCUGUUGGCUUUCAUUCUUCACACUUGUUGUCUUCCUUUGGCUUUUCAUUCUUCACGCUUGUUGUCUUCUGUCGGCUUUCAUUCUUCAGGGCUGUUGUCUUCUGUUUUCUUUCUUCAGGUAUUUGUCUUCUUGGCUUUCAUUCUUCGCUUGUUGUCUUCUGUCGGCUUUCAUUCUUCAGGCUUGUUGUCUUCUGUUGGCUUUCAUUCUUCACGCUUUGUUAUUUGUCUUCUGUCGGCUUUCAUUCUUCAGGGCUGUUGUCUUCUGUUGGCUUUCAUUCACGCUUGUUGUCUUCUGUCGGCUUUCAUUCUUCAGGUCUGUCUUCUGUUGGCUUUCAUUCUUUACCUUGUUGUCUUCUGUCGGCUUUCAUUCUUCAGGGCUGUUGUCUUCUGUUGGCUUUCAUUCUUCACGCUUGUUGUUGUCUUCAUCGGCUUUCAUUCUUCAGGGCUGUUGUCUUCUGUUGGCUUUCAUUCUUCACUGUUGUCUUCUGUUGGCUUUCAUUCUUCAGGGCUGUUGUCUUCUGUUGGCUUUCAUUCUUCAGGGCUGUUGUCUUCUGUCGGCUUUCAUUCUUUCUUAUUUCUUCUGUUGGUCGGCUUUUCAUUCUUCAGGGCUGUUGUCUUCUGUUGCUUUCAUUCUUCAGGGCUGUUGUCUUCUGUUGGCUUUCAUUCUUCACCUUUGUUGUCUUCUGUCGGCUUUCAUUCUUCAGGGCUAUUUGUCUUCUGUUGGCUUUCAUUCUUCACGCUUGUUGUCUUCUGUGGCUUUCAUUCUUCACGCUUGUUGCUUUCAUUCUUCAGGGCUAUUUGUAUUCUGGCUUUCAUUCUUCAGGGCUGUUGUCUUCUAUUUGGCUUUCAUUCUUCAGGGGCUGUUCUUCUUUGUCUUUCAUUCUUCACGCUUGUUGUCUUCUGUCGGCUUUCAUUCUUCAGGGCUGUUGUCUUCUGUUGGCUUUCAUUCUUCAGGGCUGUUGUCUUCUGUUGGCUUUCAUUCUUCACGCUUGUUGUCUUCUGUCGGCUUUCAUUCUUCAGGGCUGUUGUCUCUCUUGUCUAUUUUCAGCAUUCUCUUCACGCUUGUUGUUGUCUUCGUUUGCUUUCAUCUCCUUCAGGGCUGUUGUCUUCGUUGGCUCUUUCAUUCUUCACGCUUGUUGUCUUCUUGUUGGUUUCUGCCAUUCUUAGAUGCCAGUUUGUUGUCUUCUGCCUAGCUUUCAUUCUUCAGGGGCUGUUGUCUUCUGUUUAUUUUCAUUCUUCAGGGUUGUUGUCUUCUGGAUAUUUUCAUUCUUCACGCUUGUUGUCUUCUGUCUCUAUUUUCUAUUCUUCAUGCGCUUGUUGUCUCUGCUCAUUUUCAUUCAGGUCUGUCUUCUGUUGGCUUUCAUUCUUCAGGGCUGUUGUCUUCUGUCGGCUUUCAUUCUUCUUACGGGGGCUUGUUGUCUUCUUGUCGGUCAUUCUUCAGGGCUGUUGUCUUCUGUUGGCUUUUCAUUCUUUACACUUUGUUGUCUUCUUGUCGGUUUUCUUUAUUCUUCAGGCUGUUGUCUUCUGUUGGCUUUCUUUCAUUCUCUUCACGCUUGUUGUCUUCGUCGGCUUUUCAUUCUUCAGGGCUGUUAUGUCUUCUGUUGGCUUUCAUUCUUCACGCUUGUUGUAUUCUGUUUAUUUUCAUUCUUCAGGGCUGUUAUCUUUCUGUUGGCUUUCAUUCUUCUGGGCUGUUGUCUUCCUGGUAGCUCAUUCUUCAAUAGCCGCUUUGUUGUCUUCUGCUUUUCCAUUCUUUUCAGGGCUGUUGUCUUCUGUUGGCUUUCAUUCUUCAAGGGCUGUUGUCUUCUGUUGGCUUUCAUUCUUCACGCUUGUUGUCUUCUCGUCGGCUUUCAUUCUUCAGGGCUGUUGUCUUCUGUCUGCUUUUUUCUUUGGGGCUGUUGUCUUCUGUUGGCUUUCUUUCAUUUCUUACGCUUGUUGUCUUUCGUCGGCUUUCAUUCUUCAGAUUCGUUGUCUUUCUGUUGGCUUUCAUUCAUCACGCUUGUUGUCUUCUGUCGGCUUUCAUUCUUCAGGGCUGUUGUCUUCUGUUGGCUUUCAUUCUUCGCUUAUUUGUAUUCUGUCAGCGGCUUUCAUUCUUCCACGGUUGUCUUCCUUGCGCUUUCCAUUCUUCAGGUAUUUGUCUUCUGUUGCUUUCAUUCUUCAGGGCUGUUGUCUUCUGUUGGCUUUCAUUCUACACGCUUGUUGUCUUCUAUCGGCUUUCAUUCUUCACGCUUGUUGUCUUCUUGUCGGCUUUCAUUCUUCAGGCUGUUGUCUUCUAUUGGCUUUUCAUUCUUCAGGGCUGUUGUCAAAGUUGGCUUUCAUUCUUCACGCUUGUUGUCUUCUGUCGGCUUUUUCAUUCUUCAGGGCUGUUGUUUCUGUUGACUUCAUUAUUCACGCUUGUUGUAUUCUGUCGGCUUUUCAUUCUUCAGGGCUGGCUGUUGUCUUCUAUUGGCUUUCAUUCUUCAGGGUUGUUGUCUUCUGUUGGCUUUUCAUUCUCUUCACGAGGCUGUUGUGCCCUGUCCUUUCAUUCUUCAGGUCUGUUGUCUUUGUUGCUUUCUAUUCUUCAGGUUGUUGUCUUCUGUUACUUUCAUUCUUCUUCGCAGGGCUAUUUGUCUUCUGUUGGCUUUCAUUCUUCAGUGGGCUGUUGUUCCUUUCAUUCUUCAGGGUUGUUGUCUUCUAUUUGGCUUUCAUUCUUGUUGUUGUCUUCUUGUCGGCUUUCAUUCUUCAGGUCUGUUUGUCUUCUUGUUGGCUUUCAUUAUUCUUUCGCUUAUUUGUUCUCUUCUUGUCGGCUUUUCAUUCUUCUAGGUCUGUUGUCUUCUGUUGGCUUUCAUUCUUCACGCUUGUUGUCUUCACCGGCUUUCAUUCUUUAGGGCUGUUGUCUACUGUUGGCUUUCUUAUUCUUCACGCUUGUUGUCUUCUGUUGCUUUUAUCUUCAGUCUUCUGUUUUCAUUCUUGUUGGCUUUCAUUCUCAGGCUGUUGUCUUCUGUUAUUUUUCAUUCUUCAGGGUCUUCUGUUGUCUUCAUUGUCUUCUAUUGGCUUUCAUUCUUCACGCUUGUUGUCUUCUGUGUCAGCUUUUUUCUUCAGGCCUGUUGUCUUCUGUUGGCUUUCAUUCUUCUCAGGGCUGUUGUCUUCUUGUCAUUUUCAUUCUUGGCUGUUGUCUUUUGUUGGCUUUCAUUCUUUGGGCUGUACGCUUUGGGCUGUUGUCUUCUGUUGGCUUUCAUUCUUCACGCUUGUUGUCUUCUGUUGGCUUUCAUUCUUCAGGGCUGUUGUCUUCUGUUGGCUUUCAUUCUUCAGGGGGCUGUUGUCUUCUGUUGGCUUUCAUUCUUCAGGGCUGUUGUCUUCUGUUGGCUUUCAUUCUUCACGCUUGUUGUCUUCUGUCGGCUUUCAUUCUUCAGGGCUGUUGUCUUCUGUUGGCUUUUUCAUUCUUCAGGGCUGUUGUCUUCUGUUGCUUUCAUUCUUCAGGGUGUUGUCUUCUGUUGGCUCACGUUGUCUUCUGUCGGCUUUCAUUCUUCCAGGCCUGUUGUCUUCUGUUGGCUUUCAUUCUUCAGCUUGUUGUCUUCUGUUGGCUUUUUUCAUUCUUCAGGGCUGUUGUCUUCUGUUGACUUUCAUUCUUCAGGGCUGGCAUUCUUCAGGGCUGUUUGUCUUCUACGCUUGUUGUCUUCUGUCGGCUUUCAUUCUUUCAGGCCUGUUGUCUUCUUCUUGUUGUUGGCUUUCAUUCUUCACGCUUGUCUUUGCUUUCUUCUUGUUGGCUUUCAUUCUUGGGGCUGUUGUCUUCUGUUGCUUUCAUUCUUCACCUUGUUUCUUGUCUUCUCAUUUCAUUUUCAGGGCUGUUGUCUUCUGUUGGCUUCAUUCUUCACGCUUGUUGUCUUAUCGGCUUCAUUCUUCCUUGUUGUCUUCUGUCGGCUUUCAUUCUUCAGGGCUGUCUUUGUCAUUCUUGUUGGCUUUCAUUCUUCAGGGCUGUUGUCUUCUGUUGCUUUCAUUCUUCCCGUAUUGUCUUUGUCGGCUUUCAUUCUUCUAUUUUCAUUUCUUCACGCUUGUCUUUGUCUUCUGUUGGCUUUCAUUCUUCACGCUUGUUGUCUUCUGUCGGCUUUCAUUCUUCAGGGCUGUUGUCUUCUAUUUAUUUUUUCAUUCUUCAGGGGCUGGCUUGUUGUCUUCUGUCGGCUUUCAUUCUUCAGGGCUGUUGUCUUCUGUUGGCUUUUCAUUCUUCGCUUGUUGUCUUCUGUCGGCUUUCACGCUUGUUUCUUCACGGCUUUUCAUUCUUCAGGGCUGUUUCUUCUUGGCUUUCAUUCUUCAGGGCUGUUGUCUUCUUGGCUUUCAUUUUCAUUCUUGUUCUUACUUGUUGUCUUCUGUCAGCUUUCUUCUAGGAGGGCUGUUGUCUUUGUUGGCAUUUUCAUUUUCUUUGUCAUUUCAUUGUAUCUUCUGUCGGCUUUUCAUUCUUCAGGCUUGUUGUCUUCUGUUGACUUUUCAUUCUUUACAGGUUGUCUUCUGUGCUUUUCAUUCUUCAGGGCUGUUGUCUUCUGUUGGCUUCAUUCUUCACGCUUGUUGUCUUUUCAUUCUUCAGGGCUAUUUGUCUUCUGUUGGCUUUCAUUCUUCACGCUUAUUUGUCUUCUGUCGGCUUUCAUUCUUCAGGGUUGUUGUCUUCUGUUGGCUCUUCAGGGCUGUUGUCUUCUGUCGGCUUUCAUUCUUCACGCUUGUUGUCUUCUGUUGGCUUGUUGUCUUCUGUUGGCUUUCAUUCUUCAGGGGCUGUUGUCUUCUGUUGGCUUUCAUUCUUCAGGGCUGUUGUCUUCUGUUGGCUUUCAUUCUAGGCUUGUUGUCUUCUGUCUGGCUUUAUUUUUCAGGGCUGUUGUCUUCUGUUGGCUUUCAUUCUUCAGGGCUGUUGUCUUCUGUUGGCUUUCAUUCUUUAGAUCUUUUGUCUUCUGUUGGCUUUUUCAUUCUUGCUUGUUUGUCUUCUGUCGGCUUUCAUUCUUCAGGGCUGUUGUCUUCUGUUGGCUUUCAUUCUUCUUGUUGUCUUCUGUCAUUUUCAUUCUUCAGGGCUGUUGUCUUCUGUUGGCUUUCAUUCUUCAGGGCUGUUGUCUUCUGUUCAUUCUUCGGCUGUUGUCUUUGUUGGCUUUCAUUUGCUUGUUGUCUUCUGUCAGCUUUCAUUCUUCAGGGCUGUUGUCUUCUGUUGGCUUUCAUUCUUCAGGUUUGUUGUCUUCUGUUGGCUUUCAUUCUUCAGGGCUGUUGUCUUCUAUUUGGCUUUCAUUCUUCACGCUUGUCUUCUGUUGCUUUUCAUUCUUCUUCUGUUGGCUUUCAUUCUUCAGGGCUGUUUGUCUUCUGUCGGCUUUUCAUUCUUCCGCUUGUUGUCUUCUGUCGGCUUUCAUUCUUCAGGGCUUUCAUUCUUGGGCUGUUGUCUUCUGUUGGCUUUCAUUCUUUACGCUUGUUGUCUUCUGUUGGCUUUCAUUCAGGGCUGUUGUCUUCUGUUGGCUUUCAUUCUUCAGGGCUGUUGUGUUGGCUUUCAUUCUUCAUAGUCUGUUGUCUUCUGUUGGCAUUCUUCACGCCUUGUUGUCUUCUGUCGGCUUUCAUUCUUCUUCAGGGCUGUUGUCUUCUGUUGGCGCAUUCAUUCAGGGCUGUUGUCUUCUGUCGGCUUUCAUUCUUCACGCUUGUUGUCUUCUGUUGGCUUUCAUUCUUCAGGGCUUGUUGUUGUCUUCUGUUGGCUUUCUUUCAUUCACUUGUUGUCUCUGUCGGCUUUCAUUCUUCAGGGCUGUUGUCUUCUGUUGGCUUUCAUUCUUCACAUAUUUGUCUUCUGUCAGCUUUCAUUCUUCAGGCUGUUGUCUUCUAUUGGCUUUCAUUCUUCAGGGCUAUUUGUCUUCUGUCGGCUUUCAUUCUUCAGGGCUGUUGUCUUCUGUUCAUUUUCAUUCUUCAGGGCUGUUGUCUUCUGUUGGCUUUCAUUCUUCACACUUGUUGUCUUCAUUGCUUUCCAUUCUUCAGGGCUGUUGUCUUCUGUUGGCUUUCAUUCUUCAAGCUGUUGUCUUCUGUUGGCUUUCAUUCUUCACGCUUGUCUUCUGUCGGCUUUCAUUCUUCGGGCUGUUGUCUUCUGUUGGCUUUCAUUCUUCAGGGCUAUUUUCUUCUGUUGGCUUUCAUUCUUCACGCUUAUUUGUCUUCUGUUGGCUUUCAUUCUUCAGGGCUGUUGUCUUCUGUUGGCUUUCAUUCUUCACGCUUGUUGUCUUCUGUCGGCUUUCAUUCUUCAGGCCUGUUGUCUUCUGUUGGCUUUCAUUUUCACUUUUCAUUCUUCACCUUGUUUCUUCUUCAGGUCUGUUGUCUUCUGUUGGCUUUCAUUCUUCAGGGCUGUUGUCUUCUGUUGGCUUUCAUUCUUCAGGGCUGUUGUCUUCUGUUGGCUUCAUUCUUCACGCUUUUGUCUUCUGUUGGCUUUCAUUUUCUUGUUGUCUUCUGUCCGGCUUUCAUUCUUCAGGGCUUGUCUUCUGUCGGCUUUCAUUCUUCAGGGCUGUUGUCUUCUGUUGGCUUUGUCAUUCUUCAGGGCUGUUUCUUCAGGGCUGUUGUCUUCUAUUUGGCUUUUCAUUCUUCAGGCUUGUUGUCUUUGUCGGCUUUCAUUCUUGCUGUUGUCUUCUGUUGGCUUUCAUUCUUCACCUUGUUGUCUUCUGUUGGCUUUCAUUCUUCAGGGCUGUUGUCUUUUGGCUUUUCAUUCUUCAGGGCUGUUUGUCUUCUGUUGGCUUUCUUCUUCACGCUUAUUUUCUUGUUGGCUUUUCAUUCUUCAGGGCUGUUGUCUUCUGUUGGCUUUCAUUCUUCACGCUUAUUUGUCUUUGUCGGCUUUCUUCUUCAGGGCUGUUGUCUUCUGUUCAUUCUUCAGGGCUUGUUGUCUUCUGUCGGCUUUUUUCAUUCUUCAGGGCUGUUGUCUUCUGUUGCUUUCAUUCUUCACGCUUGUUGUCUUCUGUCGGCUUUCAUUCUUUCAGGGCUGUUGUCUUCUGUUGGCUUUCAUUCUUCACGCUUGUUGUCUUCUGUCGCUUUUUCAUUCUUCAGGGCUUUCUUCAGGGCUGUUGUCUUCUGUUGGCUUUCAUUCUUCACGCUGUUGUCUUCUUCUUGGCUUUUUCUUCUUUCAGGGCUGUUGUCUUCUGUUGGCUUUCAUUCUUCAGGGCUGUUGUCUUCUGUUGGCUUUUUCAUUCUUCAGCUUUCAUUCUUGUCUUCUGUUGGCUUUCAUUCUUCAGGGCUGUUGUCUUCUGUUGGCUUUCAUUCUUCCAGGGCUGUUGUCUUCUGUUGGCUUUCAUUCUUCCGCUUGUUGUCUUCUGUCGGCUUUCAUUCUUCAGGGCUGUUUGUCUUCUGUUGGCUUUCAUUCUUCGCUUGUUAUUCUGCUUUCAUUCUUCUGUCUGUUGGCUUUCAUUCUUCAGGGGUUGUCUUCUGUUGGCUUUCAUUUUUUUCAGGGCUGUUGUCUUCUGUUGGCUUUCAUUCUUCAGGGCUGUUGUCUUCUGUUGGCUUUCAUUCUUCACGCUUGUUGUCUUCUGUCGGCUUUCAUUCUUCAGGGCUGUUGUCUUCUGUUGGCUUUCAUUCUUCAGGGCUGUUGUCUUCUGUUGCUUUCAUUCUGUCGUUAUCUUCUGUCAUUUCAUUCAGGGCUGUUGUCUUCUGUUGGCUUUCAUUCUUCAGGUUUAUUUGUCUUCUUGUCUGGCUUUCAUUCUUAGGCUGUUGUCUUCUGUUGGCUUUCAUUCAGGGCUUGUUGUCUUCUGUGGCUUUCAUUCUUCAGGGCUGUUGUAUUCUGUCGGCUUUUCAUUCUUCAGGGCUGUUGUCUUAUUUGGCUUUCAUUCUUCACGCUUGUUGUCUUCUGUCGGCUUUCUUUCUUCUUCAGGUCUGUUGUCUUCUGUUGGCUUUCAUUCUUCAGCUUUCAUUCUUGUUGUCUUUGUCGGCUUUCAUCAUUCUUCAGGGCUGUUGUCUUCUGUUGGCUCAUUCUUCGCUUGUUGUCUUCUGUCGGCUUUCAUUCUUCAGGGCUGUUGUCUUCUGUUGGCUUUCAUUCUUCACGCUGUUGUCUUCUGUCGGCUUUCAUUCAGGGCUGUUGUCUUCUGUUGGCUUUCAUUCUUCACGCUUGUUUUCUUCUUCAGGGCUGUUGGCUUUUCAUUCUUCAGGGCUGUUGUCUUCCAGGCUUGUUGUCUUCUGUCGGCUUUUCAUUCUUCAGGGCUGUUGUCUUCUGUUGGCUUUCAUUUCUUCAGGGCUGUUGUCUUGUUGCUUUCAUUCUUACCUUGUUGUCUUCUGUCAGCUUUCAUUCUUUGGGCUAUUUGUCUUCUGUUGGCUUUCAUUCUUCAGGGCUGUUCAUUCUUCUGUUGGCUUUGUUAUUCUUCAGGGCUGUUGUCUUCUGUUGGCUUUCAUUCUUCAGGGCUGUUGUAUUCUGUUGGCUUUCAUUCUUCACGCUUGUUGUCUUCUGUCGGCUCAUUCUUCAGGCCUGUUGUCUUCCUGUUGGCUUUCAUUCUUCAGGGCUGUUGUCUUCUGUUGGCUUUCAUUCUUCAGGGCUGUUGUCUUCUGUUGGCUUUCAUUCUUCACGCUUUUGUCUUCUGUCGGCUUUCAUUCUGGGUGGGCUUGUUGUCUUCUGUUGGCUUUCAUUCUUGCUUGUUGUAUUCUGUCGGCUUUCAUUCUUCAGGGCUGUUUCUUCUGUUCUUUAUUCUUUUGUUGUCUUCUGUCGGCUUUCAUUCUUCAGGGCUGUUGUCUUCUGUUGGCUUUCAUUCUUCAGGGCUGUUGUCUUCUGUUGGCUUUCAUUCUUCACGCUUGUUGUCUUCUGUCGGCUUUCAUUCUUCUUGUCAGGGCUUUCAUUCUUGUCUAUUUGUCUUCUGUUGGCUUUUCAUUCUUCAGGGCUUGUUGUCUUCUGUCGGCUUUCAUUCUUCAGGGCUGUUGUCUUCUGUUGCUUUCAUUCUUGGUCUAUUUGUAUUCUUCAGCUUUUCAUUCUUCGGGCUGUUGUCUUCUGUUGGCUUUUCAUUCUUCACGCUUGUUGUCUUCUGUCGGCUUUCAUUCUUCAGGGCUGUUGUCUUCUUGGCUUUCAUUCUUUGUUGUCUUCUGGCUUUCAUUCUUCAGGCUUGUUGUCUUCUGUGGCUUUUCAUUCUUCAGGGCUGUUGUCUUCUGUUGGCUUUCAUUCUUCACGCUUGUUGUCUUCUGUUGGCUUUCAUUCUUCAGGGCUGUUGUCUUCUGUUGGCUUUCAUUUUCUUGUUGUCUUUCUUCAGGCCUGUUGUCUUCUGUUGGCUUUCAUUCUUCAGGGCUGUUGUCUUCUGUUGGCUUUUCAUUCUUCAGGGCUGUUGUCUUCUGUUGGCUUUCAUUCUUCACGCUUAUUUGUCUUCUGUCGGCUUUCAUUCUUCAGGGCUGUUGUCUUCUGUUGGCUUUCAUUCUUCACGCUUGUUGUCUUCUGUUUGGCUUUUCAUUCUUCAGGGCUGUUGUCUUCUGUUGGCUUUCAUUCUUCAGGGCUGUUGUCUUCUGGCUUUCAUUCUUCACGCUUGUUGUCUUCUGUUGGCUUUUUCAUUCUUCAGGGCUGUUGUCUUCUGUUGGCUUUCAUUCUUCACGCUUGUUUUGUCUAUUGUCGGCUUUUCAUUCUUCAGGGCUGUUGUCUUCUGUUGGCUUUUCAUUCUUCUGGGCUGUUGUCUUCUGUUCUUUCUUGUUGUCUUCUGUCGGCUUUCAUUCUUCAGGGCUGUUGUCUUCUGUUGGCUUUCAUUUUCUUGUUGUAUUCUGUUGCUUUUCAUUCUUCAGGGCUGUUGUCUUCUGUUGGCUUUCAUUCUUCAGCUUGUUGUCUUCUGUGUUCAUUCUUUCUGUCUUUGGCUUUUUCUUCCCCUGUUGUUGUCUUCUGUGGCUUUCAGGUCUUCUGUUGUCUUCUGUUGUUGUCUUCUGUUGGCUUUCAUUCUUCAGGGCUGUUGUCUUCUGUUGGCUUUCAUUCUUCAGGGUAUUUGUCUUCUGUUCAUUCUUCUUUGUCUUUUGGCUUUCAUUCUCUUCAGGGCUUGUUGUCAUUCUGCUUGUUUCUUCUGGCUUUUUUCAUUCUUCAGGUCUUCUGUUGCUUUCUUCUUCAGGUCUGUUGUCUUCUUUGGCUUUCAUUCUUCACGCUUGUUGUCUUCUGUCGGCUUUCAUUCUUCAGGGGGCUUUGUCUUCUGUUGGCUUUUCAUUCUUCGCUUGUUGUAUUCUGUGGCUUUCAUUCUUCAGGGCUGUUGUCUUCUGUUGGCUUUCAUUCUUCACGCUUGUUGUCUUCUGUCGGCUUUCAUUCUUCAGGGCUGUUGUCUUCUGUUGGCUUUCAUUCUUCAGGCUUGUUGUCUUCUGUUGCUUUUCAUUCUUCAGCUUAUUUCAUUCUUCUGUAUUCUGGCUUUCAUUCUUCAGGGCUGUUGUCUUCUAUUUGGCUUUCAUUCUUCAGGGCUGUUGUCUUCUGUUGGCUUUCAUUCUUCAGGGCUGUUGUCUUUCUUGGCUUUCUUUCAUUCUUCAGGCCUGUUGUCUUCUGUCAGCUUUCAUUCUUCAGGCCUGUUGUCUUCUGUUAGCUUUCAUUCUUCAGGGCUGUUGUCUUCUUCAGCUUUCAUUCUUGUUGUCUUCUGUUGGCUUUCAUUCUUCACGCUUGUUGUCUUCUGUCUUCUUCAGGGCUGUUGUCUUCUCUUUCAUUCUUCACGCUUGUUGUCUUCUGUCGGCUUUCAUUCUUCAGGGCUGUUGUCUUCUGUUGGCUUUCAUUCUUCAGGGCUGUUGUCUUCUUUGGUAUUCAGCUUUCAUUCUUCACGCUUAUUUGUCUUCGGCUUUCAUUCUUCAGGGCUGUUGUCUUCUGUUGGCUUUCAUUCUUCAGGGCUGUUGUCUUCGGCUUUCAUUCUGUUUGGCUUUUCAUUCUUCAGGGCUGUUGUCUUCUGUCGGCUUUUCAUUCUUCACGGGUCUUCUGUUGCUUUCAUUCUUCUUCAGGGCUGUUGUCUUUGGCUUUCAUUCUUCAGUUUGUUGUAUUCUGUUGGCUUUUCAUUCUUCAGGGCUGUUGUCUUCUAUUGGCUUUCUUCAGGGCUGUUGUCUUCUGUUGGCUUUCAUUCUUCAGGGCUGUUGUCUUCUGUUGGCUUUCAUUCUCAGGCUUGUUGUCUUCUGUCUAUUUUCAUUCUUCAGGCCUGUUGUCUUCUGUUGGCUUUCAUUCUUCUUUUGUCUUCUGUUGUUGUCUUCUGUGGUUGGCUUUCAUUCUUCCUUAUUCUGUUGUCUUCUGUUGGCUUUCAUUUCUUCACGCUUGUUGUCUUCUGUCGCUUUUCAUUCUUCAGGGCUGUUGUCUUCUGUUGGCUUUCAUUCUUCGCUUGUUGUCUUCUGUCGGCUUUCAUUCUUCAGGGCUGUUGUCUUCUGUUGGCUUUCAUUCUUCACUGUUGUCUUCUGUUGUCUUCUGGUCUUUUCAUUCUUCAGGGCUGUUGUCUUCUGUUGGCUUUCAUUCUUCUUCAGGGCAUUCUUUGUCUUCUGUUGGCUUUCAUUCUUCAGGGCUGUUGUCUUCUGUUGGCUUUCAUUCUUCUUCAGGCUUGUUGUCUUCUGUUGGCUUUCAUUCUUCUUGGGCUGUUGUCUUCUGUUGGCUUUCAUUCUUCAGGGCUGUUGUCUUCUGUUGGCUUUCAUUCUUCAGGGCUGUUGUCUUUGUUGUCUUUCAUUCUUCACGCUUGUCUUCUGCUUUCAUUCUUCGGCUGUUGUCUUCUGUUGCUUUCAUUCUUCAGGCUUGUCUUUGUCUUCUGUCUGUUGUCUUUUCAUUCAUUCUUCAGGGCUGUUGUAUUCUGUCGGCUUUCAUUCUUUGUUGUCUUCUGUUGGCUUUCAUUCUUCACGCUUGUUGUCUUCUGUCGGCUUUCAUUCUUCAUUCUUCAGACGCUUUUUGUAUUCUUCACAUUCUUGUUGUCUUCUGUUGGCUUUCAUUCUUCAGUCUGUUGUCUUCUGUUGGCUUUCAUUCUUCCCGCUUGUUGUCUUCUGUCCUUUCAUUCUUCAGGGCUGUUGUCUUCUGUUGGCUUUCAUUCUUCACGCUUGUUGUCUUCUGUCGGCUUUCAUUCUUCAGGGCUGUUGUCUUCUGUUGGCUUUCAUUCUUCCAGGGCUGUUGUCUUCUGUUGGCUUUCAUUCUUCAGGGCUGUUGUCUUCUGUUGGCUUUUCAUUCUUCAGGGCUGUUGUCUUCAUUCUGGCUUUCAUUCUUCAGGGCUGUUGUCUUCUGUUGGCUUUCAUUCUUCACGCUUGUUGUCUUCUGUCGGCUUUCAUUCUUCAGGGCUGUUGUCUUCUGUUGGCUUUCAUUCUUCACGCUUGUUGUCUUCUGUUGGCUUUCAUUCUUCAGGGCUGUUGUCUUCUGUUGGCUUUCAUUCUUCAGGCUUGUUGUCUUCUGUGCUUUCAUUCUUCUGUUGGCUUUCAUUCUUCAGGGCUGUUGUCUUCUGUUGGCUUUCAUUCUUCAGGCUUGUUGUCUUCUGUCGGCUUUCAUUCUUCAGGGCUGUUGUCUUCUGUUGGCUUUCAUUCUUCAGGUCUGCAUUCAUUCUUAGCUUUCAUUCUUGUUGUCUUCUGUUGGCUUUCAUUCUUCAGGGUCUUUCAUUCUUCAGGCCUGUUGUCUUCUUGCUUUCAUUCUUCAGGGGCUGUUGGCUUUCAUUCUUCACGCUUGUUGUCUUCUGUCGGCUUUCAUUCUUCAGGGCUGUUGUCUUCUGUUGGCUUUCAUUCUUCAGGGCUGUUGUCUUUCUUUCAUUCUUCAGGGCUGUUGUCUUCUGUUGGCUUUCAUUCUUCACGCUUGUUGUCUUCUGUCGGCUUUCAUUCUUCAGGGCUGUUGUCUUCUGUUGGCUUUCAUUCUUCAGGGCUGUUGUCUUCUGUUGUAUUCUGUUCUUUUCAUUCUUCAGGGCUGUUGUCUUCUGUUGGCUUUCAUUCUUCACGCUUGUUGUCUUCUGUCGGCUUUCAUUCUUCAGGGCUGUUGUUGUCUUCUGUUGGCUGUUGGCUUUUUCAUUUUCAGGGCUGUUGUCUUCUUCUUUUUCGCUUGUUGUCUUCUGUGUCUGUUGGGCUUGUUGUUUCUGUCGGCUUUCAUUCUUUCAGGGCUGUUGUCUUCUGUUGGCUUUCAUUCUUCAGGGCUGUUGUCUUCCUGUUGGCUUUCAUUCUUCAGGGCUUGUUGUCUUCUGUCGGCUUUCAUUCUUCAGGGCUGUUGUCUUCUGUUGGCUUUCAUUCUUCAGGGUCUGUUGUCUUCUGUUGGCUUUCAUUCUUCAGGCUGUUGUCUUCUGUUGGCUUUCAUUCUUCAGGGCUGUUGUCUUCUGUUGGCUUUCAUUCUUCAGGCUUGUUGUCUUCUGUGGCUUUCAUUCUUCAGGGCUGUUGUCUUCUGUUGGCUUUCAUUCUUCACGCUUGUUGUCUUCUGUCGGCUUUCAUUCUUCAGGGCUGUUUCUUCUGUUGGCUUUCAUUCUUCACGCUUGUUCUUCUGUUGGCUUUCAUUUUCAUUCUUCAUUCUUCACGCUUGUUGUCUUCUGUCGGCUUUCAUUCUUCAGGGGCUGUUGUCUUCUGUUGGCUUUCAUUCUUGGCUGUUGUCUUCUGUUGGCUUUUCAUUCUUCAGGCUGUUGUCUUCUGUUGGCUUUUCAUUCUUCUUCAGGCCUGUUGUCUUCUGUUGCUUUCAUUCUUCAGGGCUGUUGUCUUCUGCUUUCAUUCUUCAGGGCUGUUGUCUUCUGUUUGUUGUCUUCGCUUUUUGGCUUUCAUUCUUCAGGCUGUUGGGCUGUUGUCUUCUGUUGGCUUUCAUUCUUCAGGGCUGUUGUCUUCUGUUGGCUUUCAUUCUUCAGGGCUGUUGUCUUCUGUUGGCUUUCAUUCUUCACGCUUGUUGUCUUCUUGCUUUCAUUCUUCAGGCCUGUUGUCUUCUGUUGGCAUUUUCAUUCUUCAGGGCUGUUGUCUUCUGUUGGCUUUUCAUUCUUCUGUCGCUUUCAUUCUUCCAGGCCUGUUUCUUCUGUUGGCUUUCAUUCUUCAGGGCUGUUGUCUUCUGUUGGCAUUUUCAUUCUUCACGCUUGUUGUCUUCUGUCGGCUUUCAUUCUUCAGGGCUGUUGUCUUCUGUUGGCUUUCAUUCUUCAGGUUGUCCUUCUGUCGGCUUUCAUUCUUCAGGGAUUCUUGUUGUCUUCUGUUGGCUUUCAUUCUUCACGCUUCUUUGUCUUCAUUCUUCGGGCUGUUUUCAUUCUUCAGGGCCUGUUGUCUUCUGUUGGCUUUCAUUCUUCAGGGCUGUUGUCUUCUGUUGGCUUUCAUUCUUCAGGGCUGUUGUCUUCUGUUGGCUUUCUGUUGUUGCUUUCAUUCUUCAGGGCUGUUGUCUUCUGUUGGCUUUCAUUCUUCAGGGCUGUUGUCUUCUGUUUUUCAUUCUUGGCUGUUGUCUUCUGUUGGCUUUCAUUCUUCUGUGGGCUUGUUGUCUUCUGUCGGCUUUCAUUCUUCAGGGCUGUUGUUGUCUUUGUUCUUCAUUCUUGUUGUUGUAUUCUUUCGGCUUUCAUUCUUCAGGGCUGUUGUCUUCUGUUGGCUUUCAUUCUUUCAGGGCUGUUGUCUUCUGUUGGCUUUCAUUCUUCAGGGCUGUUGUCUUCUGUUGGCUUUCAUUCUUCAUUCUUCAGGCCUGUUUGUUGUCAUUUCUGUUGUCUUCUAUUCGGCUUUCAUUCUUCAGGGCUGUUGUCUUCUGUUGGCUUUCAUUCUUCAGGGCUGUUGUCUUUGUUGCUUUCAUUCUUUCUGUUGUCUUCUGUUGGCUUUCAUUCUUUUUUGUUGCUUUCAUUCUUCUGUUGGCUUUCAUUCUUCAGGGCUGUUGUCUUCUGUUGCUUUUUCAUUCUUGGCUGUUGUCUUCUGUUGGCUUUCAUUCUUCGCUUGUUGUCUUCUGUCGGCUUUCAUUCUUCAGGGCUGUUGUCUUCUGUUGGCUUUCAUUCUUUUCAUUCUUCAGGGCUUGUUGUCUUCUGUUGUCUUUUCAUUCUUCAGGGCUGUUGUCUUCUGUUGGCUUUCAUUCUUCACGCUUGUUGUCUUCUGUUGGCUUUCAUUCUUCAGGGCUGUUGUCUUCUGUUGGCUUUCAUUCUUCAGGUCUUCUGUUGCUUUCAUUCUUCUGUUGUUGGCUUUCAUUCUUCAGGGCUGUUGUCUUCUGCUUUCAUUCUUGGCUGUUGUCUUUUCAUUCUUCUUCACGCUUGUUGUCUUCUGUCGGCUUUCAUUCUUCAGGGCUGUUGUCUUCUGUUGGUUGUAUUUUCAUUCUUCACACUUGUUGUCUUCUGUUGGCUUUCAUUCUUCAGGGCUGUUUAGGCUUUCAUUCUUCAGGCUAUUUGUCUUCUUUCAUUUCAGGCUUGUUGCUUUUCGGCUUUCAUUCUUCAGGCCUGUUGUCUUCUGUUGGCUUUCAUUCUUCUGCUUUCAUUCUUCAGGCUGUUGUCUUCUGUUGGCUUUCAUUCUUCAGGGCUGUUGUCUUCUGUUGCUUUCAUUCUUCAGGGUCUUCUGUUUCAUUCUUCUGUUGUCUUCUGUUGGCUUUCAUUCUUCCAGGGCUGUUGUCUUCUGUUGGCUUUCAUUCUUCAGGGCUUGUUGUCUUCUGUCGGCUUUCAUUCUUCAGGGCUGUUGUCUUCUGUUGGCAUUUUCAGGCUGUUGUCUUUCUUCAUUCUUCAGGGCUUGUUGUCUUCUGUUGGGCUGUUGUCUUUUUGGCUUUCUUCAGGGCUGUUGUCUUCUGUUGGCUUUCAUUCUUCACGCUUGUUGUCUUCUGUUUCAUUCUUCAGGGCUGUUGUCUUCUGUUGGCUUUCAUUCUUCAGGGCUGUUGUCUUCUGUUGGCUUUCAUUCUUCAGGGCUGUUGUCUUCUGGCUUUCAUUCUUUUCGGCUUUCAUUCUUCUGUUGUCUUCUGUUGGCUUUGUCUUCUGUCAUUUGCUUUCAUUCUUCAGGGCUGUUGUCUUCUGUUGGCUUUCAUUCUUCAGGGCUUUCAUUCUUCAGGGCUGUUGUCUUCUGUUGGCUUUCAUUUGGCUGUUGUAUUCAUUCUUUUCAUUCUUCAGGGCUGUUGUCUUCUGUUGGCUUUCAUUCUCAGGGCUGUUGUCUUCUGUUGGCUUUCAUUCUUCUUGUUGUCUUCUUGCUUUCAUUCUUCAGCUUAUUUGUCUUCUGGCUUUCAUUCUUCAGGGCUGUUGUCUUCUGUUGGCUUUCAUUCUUCAGGGCUGUUGGCUUUCAUUCUUCUGUUGGCUGUUGUCUUCUGUUGGCUUUCAUUCUUCAGGGCUGUUGUCUUCUGUUGGCUUUCAUUCUUCACGCUUGUUGUCUUCUGUCGGCUUUCAUUCUUCAGGGCUGUUGUCUUCUGUUGGCUUUUCAUUCUUCCUGUUGUCUUCUGUUGGCUUUCAUUCUUCAGGGCUGUUGUCUUCUGUUGGCUUUCAUUCUUGUUGUUGUCUUCUGUUCUGUUGGCUUUCAUUCUUCAGGGCUGUUGUCUUCUGUUGGCUUUCAUUCUUCAGGGCUGUUGUCUUCUGUUGGCUUUCAUUCUUCAGGGCUUGUUGUCUUCUGUUGGCUUUCAUUCUUCAGGCCUGUUGUCUUCUGUUGGCUUUCAUUCUUCAGGGCUGUUGUCUUCUGUUGGCUUUCAUUCUUCAGGGCUGUUGUCUUUGUUGGCUUUCAUUCUUCAGGCUUGUUGUCUUCUGUCGGCUUUCAUUCUUCAGGCCUGUUGUCUUCUGUUGGCUUUCAUUCUUCAGGGCUGUUGUCUUCUGUUGGCUUUCAUUCUUCAGGCCUGUUGUCUUCUGUUGGCUUUUCAUUCUUCAGGGCCUGUUGUCUUCUGUUUUCAUUCUUCACGCUUGUUGUCUUUUCGGCUUUUCAUUCUUCAGGCUGUUGUUGUUCUUCAUUCUGUUGGCUUUCAUUCUUCAGGCUUGUUGUCUUCUGUUCUUUCAUUCUUCAGGGCCUGUUGUCUUCUGUUGGCUUUCAUUCUUCAGGCUUGUUGUCUUCUGUUGGCUUUCAUUCUUCAGGGCUGUUGUCUUCUGUUGCUUUCAUUCUUCUUGUUGUCUUCUGUCGGCUUUCAUUCUUCAGGGCUGUUGUCUUCUGUUGGCUUUCAUUCUUUCUUGUUGUCUUCUGUCGGCUUUCAUUCUUCAGGGCUGUUGUCUUCUGUUGGCUUUCAUUCUUCAGCUUGUCUUUCAUUCUUCAGGCCUGUUGUCUUCUGUUGGCUUUCAUUCUUCAGGGCUGUUUUGUCUUUGUUUCAUUCUUCAAGGCUGUUGUCUUCUGUUGGCUUUUCAUUCUUCAGGGCUGUUGUCUUCUGUUGGCUUUCAUUCUUCACGCUUGUUGUCUUCUGUCGUCUUUCAUUCUUCAGGGCUGUUGUCUUCUGUUGGCUUUCAUUCUUCACGCUUGUUGUCUUCUGUCGGCUUUCAUUCUUCAGGGCUGUUGUCUUCUGUUGGCUUUCAUUCUUCACGCUUGCUUGUUGUCUUCUGUUGGCUUUCAUUCUUCAGGGAUGUUGUCUUUCUUCACGCUUGUUGUCUUCUGUCGGCUUUCAUUUUCAGGGCUGUUUCUUCUGUUGGCUUUCAUUCUUCACGCUUGUUGUCUUCUGUCGGCUUUCAUUCUUCUGUUGUCUUCUUUGGCUUUCAUUCUUCACGCUUGUUGUCUUCUGUCGGCUUUCAUUCUUCAGGGCUGUUGUCUUCUGUUGGCUUUCAUUCUUUACGCUUGUUAUCUUCUGUCGGCUUUCAUUCUUCAGGGCUGUUGUCUUCUGUUGGCUUUCAUUCUUCUUGGCUGUUGCCUUCAUUUGUCUUUUCAUUCUUUCUGUUGUCUUCUGUUCUUUCAUUCUUUUGUCUUUCAUUCUGUCGGCUCUCAUUCUUCAUUGCUGUUGCCUUCUGUUGGUUUUCAUUCUUCAUUGCUGUUGCCUUCUGUUUUCUUUCAUACUUUAUUAUAA